GAGAGAGAGAGAGAGAGAGAGAGAGAGAGAGGGUGGAGGCGUGAGCCAAUAAGAGACAGCGGGUGCAGACACACUCUGUUUGUGACACCUUGUGGUGGAGAGUGAGGGGGCGGCAGAGAUGGAGAGAGAGAGGGGCACCACUGGAUAGAGAGAGAGAGAGAAAGAGAGAGGGGGAUCAAAGCAGAGGAAGAGACAGAGGAGGAGAGAGGAGGAUGAUAGCAGCGCUGCAGAGAGAGCGAGCGAGCGCCCAGUGUUUACUCCACUUUUCCUGAGAGCCGGUUAUCUCCCCUCUGCGUGACUCAUGGAAGUGAUUUAGGUGAGAGGAGCGUCUGCAGGAAGCCACAGAUCUGUUUGUGCAUCUGCGCCGCGUGCAGGUAAGCUCUCUCUGCGUCUUCACCUCAUUGUUUAAUGUCUUGGAAAAGGACCAAACAACUUCUGCAGACUUUGGGUCCAUUUCCCCCUCCUCCCGCUCCUCUAAUUGGCUCCACGUUCCUCCUGUGAGCAGAGUUUGUGCUCAUGCAGGCUGUAUGUGCGAGCGUGUAAAGUGUGAAAGGCGUGCUGCGGCUCCUCUCUGACAGUCUGAGCAGCAUUUAGUGGCUUCGUAUUGACAGGCGGGCUCAGCGGGACUCAGGGCUGGAAGAGGAUGAGAGGGAGAUGAGUCAAAUCUCUGCUCCAGGGACCAGGAGGGUAAGAGCAUCAGAGAUGAUGAUCCCAAUCUGAAAAAAAAGCAGGGAGAGAUAAUAGAUAAUCUUGGGCUGCCAGCCAGAUUAAACACUCCUCUUUUUAAUAAAUUUCAGAGUGUGCGGAUUCUUCCCAGCUGCUUUCUUGAGGUGUGUGGUCUCUUGUUUCUAAAUUCUUGGAGGUGUAGAGGCAGGUGAUGAGGGAUAUGUGACAGCUGAGCUCUAUCACAGCUUUCAUCAUGACUCCAGCUGGUAAACUGCAGCUCAGCUUGUGUCACAAAUCCCCCCCUCUGUCCCCUCAGCAAUGUGGGAAUAACCUGCCUUCAUCUCCCGGCUGGAUUAGAGUGAUUUACUGUUGCUCCCCCGUCAGCCCGGGUGUGUUUGUAUGGGGUUUGACCUGUAAUGGCACCUAAUGGUGUCAUAUGUUAUCUCUGAGAGGACACUGUCAGUCAGGACGCCACAUCCAGAUGUAAUAUGACAGCUGUUAUUAAUGUUGGCUCUCCUCAUGACCCUCAUCAGGAGUUAUACGGGCAGAGGUGCAGGAUGAGAAUUAAUGGUGGUCUUAAAAUUAGAAAUUACAUUUAUUGCCGUCUGGAUUUACUGUCACUCUCUCUUCCGUAAAGGACAUACAGAGAGGAUAUUUUUAUCUCCACAACACAAGACUGAGAUGAAUCUAGAAACUGUUGUAUUCAUCUCCUGUAUCGAUCUUCUCCUCCUUUCUCCACAUUCAUAUGAAGAAAAAGUCCUUUUCAUUGAUUUCGUCUGCCUCUCUGUACCUGCGUCCUCUCCCCAGUGAGCAGCGGUAUGGAUUUAAUACAGCGGAUCAAUAAAGGAGUGCAGCGCUCACCUGGUUUGACCUUAUUCCUCCUGCUCCGUGUGGGAAGAGGAAGAGUCUCUGACAUGUUUUCAGAUCCAACUCUACCUACUCGUCUUCUUUUCUUUUCCCUUCUUCCUCUGAACUUUAAAAAAUAAUAAAUAAAUAAAAGCAUCUCCUUUAAAUUCAAGGCAUCAUAUGAAAGUUUCAGCGCCGCAGCUGGGUGAAAUAGCUCACUCUGGAGGAUCAAUAAACAGGGAGAAACAAUGUCAGGGUGAGGCGGUGCAGCCAGUAAACAAAUUUAACAGCUUGUGUCGAGGCAGGUGGACUAACAAAUCACCGCCGUUUUGUUUAAUGUCAAAAAACAUCCAAGGAAGUAAAGGUUUCAGAGCGUGCAGGGACAGGGUUUUAAGAGGAAGUCCUGGUUCCAUGUGGACUCAAGCUUAAAUCUGCUCUCAGAAUUUGCUCCAGAGGCUAAGAAACUUUUCAUGAUAGUGAUAAAAAAAGAAGUUAUAGUACUCUCUAAAAUCCUCAUGUGGCUGCACUAGGAAAGAGCUGUGGUGCUUGUAGAUCUGUCUCUGGGAUGUUUAUGUCCUAAAAAGCCAGUUUACUCAGGAUGCACCGAUCUGAUAAAGCAAACAGAAACCGAUCGCUUCAGACUGCAGGUCUUUUCUCGAUAGUACUUGGAAAUUUUCCAUUAUCAGUUAUUUCCGCUCAGCCAACAAAAUAAUCUUAUUUCACAACAGUUAAAGACAGAAUCGUAACACUCUUGUACUGGAUCUGUACUUAUCCCUGAAAAAAACCUUCAUUUAAAGACACAGUGAGGAGUUUUCAGCUGGUUUUAGAAUAGUCUCACUCACACUGAUGCCUCUGCAUGACCUACAUUGUUAAAUAAGAGUACCACACUGAAUUUUAGCACCUGAGUUCAGGUGGGAAAAAAUCAGAGUCGAUUUCUGUCACUUAUCCUGAAGUGUCCGUUUAGAGUCCUGCAAGUGAAGUUUGAUACUGAGAAGUGAGGAGGAGUUUUUCUGCACUUUUUACAUCGUUUUUUAGACUUGUGGUUAAAACUAGAGCAGGUUAGUGAAAUUAGCAGUGUAUUUUGUCAGACAGAAAACUUCUUAGUCCAGGUCCUGCCUGCUCCCACUAGAUCCUGCUAAUGUUCUGAUCCAUUCCUUCGACACCUGAGCUAAUUCUGACAUUUCUAUUUACACAUAUAGGUAUAUAAUAUGUAUAUAAUCAUAUACAAACACCUAUCUCUGUUGUCUCAUAAAACAGCUUCAGUGUUUUCUGUCCGGUUACCUGAUCCUGUCUGACUACAUCUGGGACCUGCAGGGAUUUUUCUAACCUGUUCUUGUGAGAUUUUGUGUUGGGUGCAUUUGGACUUCUGUGAUCCAGGUUCCAAUGCAGACCUUCAUCAUGAUGUUAAGACUGUAAUGAAUGGCAUUUAAGAUUGGAUCACCUUUUGUAAGCUGACAGAUGGCAAUACGCCAGAGUUAGCAAAUAUCUGUCCUUAUCUCUUUGAUGUAGCUACAAAUCAGCUCUCUUCUUCACCCCUCUGUGUCUUGCAUAAAGUAGUCUUGAGCAAAGAAAAGUAGAGUUAUAAAGAUCAGUAUUCAAUCAUGUGCUUCCACAAUAAAUGCACGCUUUUGCACCAGACAAGUCUUAACCGUAGUGGGUGAUGGUGCUCAUGGGAAAUGCAGUCUGAAUCCUGGAAAAAAAAAAAACAAAUUCGAGUCAAAGCUAAAAAAUCUGCAAUCGUUUUUUUUUUUCUUUUUUUGUGUCAAAUUUGCACUACUUUCAUUAAACUUGAUGAGCAGUUGUCUGCCUACCUAAACGCCCGAGCUUCUGUUUGGUCAAUUCCGCACUUCUGUUCCCCCUCAGAAUAAAUCUCAGGCAGCAAUUAUGUGACUCAGGCACAAGAAAACAAACAGUUUGUAUUUCCUUUCUUUCCAAUCAGACAGGAUUGAAAAUGGAGCUGAUCAAAUUUGCCUUAAAUGAGCCUCCAAACACAUCAUGUUGCCGGACUUAAAUGAGUUGACUCUGAGUCAUUUAGCGUCAACACUUUUUACCUUCCAUCUGGCGAAUCUUUCAUGCCUCUAGGAUGAAGCACCUCACCGCUGACUGAACACAACAACAAGUAAAAACCAAAACUCAGAAGUCAUUCUUUAUUUAAACAGCGGUUAAAACGGCUUCAACUCUCUCAAGUAUCCAUCCGCUUUGACGCAGAAGACAAAAUAGUUUUCUUCUGUUGUCGGCCUUCAGUGGUCCAUCCUCUUUUCUGCUUCCUUUUGUCAGGUUAAAGUGUGAAAAAUAUGGAAGGUGGGUGGACUGCUUACUUUUAAACAAGAGACAAAGUCUACUCCGCCAUCUGCUCGCAGCUCGAUGAGUUAUUUUUUAAUCAAGACCACAGAAUCUCUCUCUGUCUCUCUCUCGCUUCUGCAGUUUAGCGUCUUGUACAGUGAAAGGCGUGAGCGUUUGUAACAUCAAACCCAAGUCUGAAUCCAACUACGGCUGCAGGCAGAUGCUGGAUUUUUUAGUUUUUCCAACAGGUUACCUGCUGCUGAUGCCUUCAGAGUGGGUUUCGAUUUUCACUUUUAUUUUUGGAUCUGUAAAAGAAAAGUCUGAUUCAGACUCACUUUGAAGAGAGAAAUCCUGAAGGCGUGAGGUCUGAGGCUGAAUUAGUGCCGCUCUAUGAACAUGUCUAACGCGGUCGAAAUUCAGUAAACACAAAAGUUUUGUGUCAGAUCUGCGGUUUGGGUGACUGUGAACAAUACUUUUUGAAAAGAGUGCAUAAAUCCAUAUAUGACUAUUGUUUCGUUUCCGUGUAAAUGCCUAUCUGCACCUUUCCUGAAACUAUCCCACCAAACACCGACCAUUUAGACGUCUUUUUCACGUCGCUCCAUCAUGACCGUAAUUUAGCCCACAAAAAGAUGUUGAAAACUGGGCUUUAUUAAGACGGUCCGAAUCUAGAUGUUGCUUAGAUGUAUGGUGAAGACGUCUUUUCAACCACUUUUUACCGGGUGGGAUUUCAUCACACACAGGAUAAAUCUCUUGAUCCGUCCAAAACACCUUUAUAUGGUUGCUCCGUACUCUUCUUCUGCUUUUUGGUUCAUUUCGGGGCAGCGUUACGAUGCCACUUACUGGCUUGGCAUAUGGACUUCAUUGUUUUCAGUUGUUUUCAGUGGUUUCAUGUUUACAUGGAUAUUUCCUGAAACAAUUCUGUCUUUACGGUUAACUUUUUCAAAACGAAACGGCAAUAUAUCGUUUUCGCCUCCAUGUGGACAAGGCCUACUAAAACUACUGAUUAAAAUGGCGUCAUUGAAUUGCAAAGUGCUAGUUCAGGCAGGCCAAGAAGUCAAGCUCAAACAGUAGGGUGACUAUAAUCUGAAUCCCCAAAAAGAGGACACUACUACACUGGGCGGAGUUGCGCACACAAAAUUUUUAAAGGGGUUUUGGGUUGGUCGAGUGUUUUUUACGCACUUCUAACUCAGUUAACACAGUACACAAACUCCAAACUUCCAUACAAGACCCCGGACAUUUGAAGGAUUUUUUAAACUCCAAAAAGAGGACAUGUCCGGGUAAAAGAGGAGGUAUGGUCACCCUACCAAACAGCAUUGCAUCAGCUGAUCCAAACACCAGCCUCCCUUCGCCAUCAUCCUGGUCACAGGUUGCAAACUCUCCACCCAGGCCGUCUGGUCUUAAAGCUCCAUGAAGGAGGUAUUGCAAUGCACCCCCCUGGAGAGCCACGGCACACUGACUCUGCUAACCCCAGGAGAGUCCUUGAAUCUGUGCCUCUGAGUCUCCAAACAUAGCUGUGUGUCUAUUAAAGGGUUAAAUCCAUGAGUGGAGUGUUCCUGCCGAACAAUAAUUUGGAGACAGAGGAUAAUGAGCUUGUCUUUUCUCCGUCUCUGCACAGAUCGUGUCUUUGUCACUGGAGGACGCUCUGUUUGUGCGAGCGUGACGCUGAAGUCUGCUGAACACGUCUCAAAUGUCCAGACAGUCAUUAAGGAGCGUGUGGGAGAAAAUGAUCAGUUUUCUCAGCUCUAAACAAAAUGUGUCAUCGUAUAUUUCUCUCCUUUUACUUUUUCUGUCUUUCUCUUUUUCAGAUCAUCUCACUUUAUAAUUAAGGAUCCAUGCCAGUCCUGGGCGCUAACAGGAGAAACAGCAUACACACCCUGAACACAUCAUCAUCAUCAUCGUCACCAUCAACACCGUUGAGGUAGGAGAACAUCAACGCCUGUAUUGCAUUCUUCUUCUUCUUCUGGUUCUUCGGCAUUUUCUCACAUCGUUGUCGGAUUAGCUGUGAUCACACAUUUUAAUUGAUGCCACAGAUGCCACUUAACAGUCUGCGUCAGCGUCUUAUCCAAAUGUGACAUUUCUCAGUUUUUUAUUGUACCAAAAUUUGCACACCAAGUGUGUUUGUCUUAUUUCUAGUCUUAAAACCUCAUUGCACUCAAUAUUUACCUGUAAAAUCCACAUAACAUAACAUCUAACACCCAAUAAUGGCUUUGUUUUGAAACGGGGCGUUGAGUUGGAGCACAAAAACACAUGCAGCCGUGCUUCUGCUCAUGAUACAGUCUCUGCGUUUUUGCUGAUACAGGGAAAUUGGGUUUUUAUUGGGACAGAGAGCGAGAGUUUUUCCUCGCCUUCAUACAUCAUGAUAGAGCUCCCUGCUAUCGCCUCAUAACCUCAGCCUUAUAAGCAACAGCCUGAGACGUCACUGCGCUUCAUGCAUAAACAGGCACACACUGACACACAACCAAGAAGAACUUUUGAAGGAUCAAGUGUUGUAACAUAAGCCACGUUUACAUGUGCAGAAUUUCUAGAUCGGAUCAAAAAUUUGAGGGAUCGGAAUGUCUGAAUCCUCUGAUUAUGAGGGCGCAAAAUCAAAUGAUCUGAUCAUGACGUGCAUACACAUGCACCAAGUUUUAUUUAGAUUAGAAGUAUUUGGACACGCGCAGAGUUGUCUAAUUUCGAUGAAACAACUGCAGAAGAAGAGUUGUAUUUACGCCUGUGCUGUCAACAAACCAACAAACACGGUAGUGGCUCACUCCAUCCAGUUCAGGAGUUUUCCACCCUGUUAAAUGUUGUCACUAGAUGGCGCCCUUGCAUACUUAUUUUACUGUUCUGUCAAAGGUUGCACUGUGCUAGCAAAUGUGACAUCAGUACGCUGUGUGUACGCCUUGUUAUGUUAUCGAAGGAGCAGACACGGCAACUGAGGUCGUGUUUUAUGCCAGAGUGUUGAUAAUGUACUGACCUCUAUAUAUAAAGAGUGAAGAUUGAGUCAGGUAAGAGAGUCACGAUCAGAAUAAGUGUUUACAUGGACGCGUUUCGGGAUAACGAUCGGCAUAAACCACCCAUCUCAAUCAGAAUGCAGUUUCUCUCCGAUUGGGCCGAAUUGGAUCAAAAUCUUAAAAUAGACAAUUUUACGUGAUGCUUUUUUAUUCUGAUUGGGCCUUUAUUCUAAAUAUUUGUGUCCAUGUUCACGCGACUAUUGACUAUAAGAUACUGAACGAAUAUUUUCAAGCAAACAUGUGAAGAAAAAGUGAAGAGUUACACUUGAAGAAACCAGUAUGUCACUUGUUUGUUUGUUUGUUUGUUUUUUUGUUUGUUUUGCACCACACGGCAUUGCAAGAUGGCGAGCCUGCUCUGAUCCAAUGUAGCCGAACCAAAGUGAGCUACUACAAAGAAAACACGACUACUGCACAACAAAUCAGUUCAAGUUUAGCUUUGCCUCGGGUUUAAUUCUUCAUCUCUGAAGAUCUUUGUGUGUUUAAAUGAGCGUGAAAACCACCUUUUACUCUUCAUAUCACUCGACCGAAGGAAGUUUUAAAAGUGGCAAAAAUCAAAGUCAACUCUGCAGACCUUGUCAAACUUUUUUGUAAUUAAUUCAAAGUUUCUGUCAUCAAUUAUUCAGCGGCGCUCGGUUUUUUUUUUUUUUUCUGUUCCUGCUGCAACUUGAACAAUUUAAAAGUUUCCCACGGUUUGAUUCAGAGAUCUGCUGUGGAGAGAGACCCCACCGUACGCCUGCAUUAAAGAUUCAUGCGGACAGAUGCUCCUGGCUCAGGACAGCGUGUGUUCACGCUCCACUCUGUGUUUCUGCUCAGAACAAAUCAGACCCAGAUUUGACGAACAUAUCUGCUUAUUUUCUCUGCGCUGAAGAGAAAAGUCUGAACAUCAGUGGGUCUGAAUUGAUCCUGAUAGAGAGAGAUUACGGUGCAGAGCUAGCGGGGACGUGUGAUUUAAGAGAAGAAAAUUGUGUUGGCAGGAUUCUUAAACGCCCUUUGGCGAGAUGGCUGCAGGGUCUGAUUAUGACCUCUGACCUCCCCUGAGGCGGGGAAGCAGAGAGAAACCACCCGUCUGACCAGACUGAGUUGAACCUUUUCUCUUCUAAUGGAGCAGAGGUCAUCAUAGAAACCCUCCAUCGCCCCGGGCCCUGAGCCGACCUCCAACUCACUGAGCGCCUCCAUAUCUGCUGACCUCCUCCAGCUGUUUCUAAAGAGAGAAACUGAGCCUGCAUGAAUUCUAACACACCGAAAAGCAGAGAAAUACUCUUAAACAUAACCAGAGUGUGCUGAGAAUCAUCCUUUUCAGCCUGUUGGGUCAACAACAUUUGGAGGAGAGUGAAUGAAAACGUGCCGCAGCGUCUUCUUCUCACAGCGUCUCUCGGUUUGUAUCGAUUUUUGUGGACAAACUGCUUCGCUAUAUCUCGAUACUGAAGUGUAGCCCUCUCUUUGAAUAAUCUCUCCCUGCUUCAUUUUGAAAUGAGCUCUCACUGUGAAAUCAUAAACAAAGAAUCUUCAAGCGGUUUUCUAUCCAUUCUUUCAUCUCAUUGUAACCUGAAGGCAUUCAUAGUAUUAAAAAUAACCUUAAAGAUGGAGUGAAUCACCGCGCCAUGGUCUGCUUCUUAUAGACUUGAUAGUCGUUUUGAAACCACAGGGAUCUGGGCCUUGGUCAAGAGUUCAUUGAGAACCUGUUCAGUCUCAGUCUGUAUUCAAAAACCACAGACUACACGAGCAGUAUGUACUGAUUUGACAAAGAUGUACUUUGCAAACAAAAACGGAAAUCUGCAGCAUGAGAGCACCUUGCAUACUGUUUUCCACAAUGCACAGUACUUAUGUUCCCCGUUAGAUCGCUAAAACCUCGACAAAUCAAAAUUAACUUACUGCAAUAAUUUUACAACACAAAAAAUCUGCAAUAUACAGUUGUCAGACACCUGUAUAUUUUAGAGAAAAUUCCUUAGAUUCUGACAUUUAAAGUCCUUGAACUCACCAUAAUCUUGAGUGUUAACGUCAAACAGACUUGAAUAUUAGUUCUUCUGUGGACUGUACCAACCUGAGGCAGCUGUUAGUUUUUUAUCAGCACAUUUAAAUAAAGUGUGUUUCGUCAGUGUCGUGCAGCUCCAACAAUCAGAUUGAGUCUUUGCGUGCUUCGGCUCGCCCACUGAGGAGGUGUUUUGGUUUUUGUGCUGAACAUUUUGAUGCACAGGCUCCUCCUCUGCUCUGCUACUCUGUCAACACAGCUGUCAAUCACAGCAUCACAUCUCCUGUUUUUAAUAUGAAUAACUCAAAACUGACACCUAAACCACAACGGAUGCUUGUGCACUAUGUGCCACCCUACGUGGCUCUGGUCAAGCUGAACAGAUGAGCCUGACCAACGCAAAAAACAUCAUCUACUGUCUGAUAAAUCCUAAAAAAAAAAACGUUUUUUUUUUUACAUUUUACAAUACAGUAUUGCAAUACAAUUAUGGGGAUUUAUACAGUUUUUUUUCAACUGUUUUGCUAAUUUAGUAUUUGACUUUUCUUUAUGUUUGUCUUAUUAACACACUGUUUUAUUUUCAUGUAGCACAUCUUGCAAACCGUACAUUUAUUUGUUGUACUAACUUUCUCCUGCUCUACGAUGUCACCUCCGCCAACCUCACUGGACAAACUGUUGAUUUCAUUUUUACAUUAUCAUAGAUUUGACUCCAUAUUAGUAAUCAAUUUGAAAAAAAAAAAAAAAAAAAAAAAGCGACACUUUGUAAAUGAGACGAUACCAUAUAUCACCAGACAAAAUAUCGCAAUACUAUGCUGUAUCGAUUUUUUCUCUCACCCCUUAUUAAUAAAUACUAAAUUGGAUUAAACCUGCAGAAAAUUUAACUUUAUUAUCACGUGUCAUGCUCACCAAUGGUAGAAACACAUCGGGACAGAGAGCGAGUGUUUUGUAUACACACCCUGAAGGUUUUAGGGCUGAUAUUCAUGAAAAAAACCAUGUCAGAAAAGAAUUUAAUAAAUGGAAUAAUUGGAUGUUUAUUCUGUUUUCAAAGUUUGACCUAUGUCCGAACUGUUGACAUGGAAGAGGCAGGCUUUCAAUGUUUUGGUUUCCCUUUGGGAGAGCUGUUAUGUCGUCCACUUUUUAUACAGCCUAUAAUGCAGACCAUCAUUAUAACUCUGUGUGCUUGCUGCUGGCUGGCUGAAACCCCUGACAAACAGCGGGGACCUUCUGUGUUCUGUAGUACGGAUACCUGGUGGUGGAUUUCUGGAUCGCAGCACCACUUCUCAUCAACUUUUCUCCCUCGUUAUGUCAAAUUUAAAGAAAACUGCGGUGGACUGUUGAGUGAAUAAAACUUGUGGGUGUUGCUUUGUUUGAAUAGACGAAUGAACAAUGGUAAUCCAGGCUGUUUUGGUGCAUGCAGAGGGUCCCGAAGGUUCAUCCUGUGACUUAAACUGAAUCCACUGUGAUAGAAAACUUAGUAAAUUAAAGCUAAUAUCUCUUUAACGUGAAAAAAAGUGAUCAAGAUGGCCCUUUCUCUGAUUGCAUAAUGGAUUGAUCAGCCAAUAAUUCAAGACACUGACUCGACUCUUUGUGUGUUUCAGCAUCAAACCUUCCUCCGUCGGUUGUAAUUUUGCUUAAAAGGCCGGGGUUUCGAACUCUGCCAAGACUCGGAGUGAACUUUCAUCUCAAAGUGCAAUCUGAGAGUCAAAGAAAGGCAGCUUCAACAAUACGUCUGUUGUCUGGGCUGGAUUAGCCUCUUUAUUUUCUCUUGUGAUUCGAAGCCGUUUGAUCUGCCUCCCUCUAUCGUUUGACAACUUGGAAGAGGAAAGCCUGCAGCAGUCCCACAAGGCUUAAUUAUCCCUCUGCCUGAUAACAACCUGGUACCAGAAGAAAAAGGGGAGGCUGGGAAAAGAGAGGGAGCUCAGAGGAGAUAGAGAUGCUGGGAUUAAUGUAGAUUGUCUGAUUUUACCUGGCCUCCGAUCAAAAGAGAGUGUUGGCAGGAGGAGCACAUAAUCCUCCUGAUUUCUCCUGUUGAUGCCAAGACCCGCUGCUGCCGUGCAGAGACAUUGCUGACCGGUGCGUCCCUGACGGACGCUCUGUCUCUACUGUAAAUACAAAUCAGAGGGCAGGACUCACAGAGCAGCUUUUAUCAAACAGAACAAGUCAAGAAAUCAACUUCACAGGUCUGAGGCAGCAACACUCUUCAUCUAUAAAAGUAAACUUUUCAAAGCUUUCUUCUGCACUUUAACAAUCCAGCCCGUCCUUAUAUUUUACUCUCUUUUUGUCUUUCUCUCUGUGGAUGUGGGAGUCCACAGAGACAGCCGUUCUGGACACAUUUUCCUCUUUCAUCAUCCUCUUUUUUUCCCUCUCCUCUGAAGUGCAUCUCGGCGGCUCGGAGUCUCAGAUUUGUUAUUUGAGUUUGUGCUCAAGGACAUUUUAACGACGUGUGCAGAGAGAGUGCACAAAAGAUAAAACUAUGACAGAGAUUUGAGAUAUUCAUCCACCUAACAGGAUUUAUAUCACAUCCUCUGGUCAUAAUAAAGUUGGAUUUUUGGUUAAAAAUUCCAUAAACAUGAUAUCCGGUUUGUCGUAGAGGAAAGGAGAUCAGAUUUAUUGCUUUAUUCAACGGUUUCAUGUACAGACAGUGAGGAAUCUGAUCUAAUCUGGACUGUCUGCAUCGAUCUGUUUCUGGAGGAUUUUGAGAAUUAUAGCAGUGACACAAAAAAAGCUAGAAUGCACAUUAAAACAACUGGUUUCCAAAUCAUUUAAACCCUUUAUUUUUGAUCGUAUUGCGAAGACAGCAAUCAAAUGUUGAAACUUAUCAGUGUAAAGCUAAACAAAAACUCGGAGGAACACCUCCCAGCUAAUAAGAUUAAAUUGCAAAAGUUUAGUAACAUGACUGGGUAUGAAAAAGUCAUUCUAGAGAGGCGAAGCCAGUCAGAAUUAACGAUGGAAGAGGUUCACCACUUUGUGCGAGUCUGUGUGAGCAUCAAAUCUGGAGCAGAAAGAGUGGAUUUUAUCAUCUACGGUACAAAUGCUGCAUUCCGGUUUCUUAGGAAGUCGGAUGUCACAGCUGGUAAUGACAUUACACCUGAAUUGAUGGCGUUCCAGUGAACAAGUCAGAAAACCAAGAUGAAUUUCUGACUCAGAGCUCAGAAAUUUCAACUUCCAAGUACAACUGGAACGCAGCAAUAAUGUCACUAAAAGAUUAAUAGAAACUGGAAAAAUCUCUGCACAAAAGAGACAAGGAUGAAACAACUAGUGGAUGGACAUUGGAUUAAAAACAGACAUGACUCUGCAGUGUAAUUCACUGCAUUGGCUCAAAUUCACUUCCUAAGCCCGUAGUCUUUGGACACAGUUUGUCGCUGCAUCCACAAAUGUACCAUGCAGAGAGGUGACUUUCUUUUUGGAAAUCAUGGACACUAUCCUCUUCUCCAGUAAGAAAGGGGAAUACUCAGCCUGUUUUGUUAUUAUGUGCACACUGCACACAGGUCAAAACUUACCAUCCAGGUUUGUAUUGGGAUGAAAGGGGAGCUUACACAUCUAGGAAGGCAUGAUGAAUGCACGCAUUACAACAGCAUGGUUCUGUGGUAGAAGAGUCCAUGUGCUAAACUGGACGGUCCUGAUCUGCUGGGUCAUGAAUAAUUUCUUCAUUUGUCUUCUUUUCUACAUAUUUGUUUCAAUUGAGUUUAAAUGUUUUGCAAACCCUUGAGCAGUGUCAUCUUUUCUUACUUUUUUGGAGAUGUGGUUGUAUUUGGUUUAAGCUCCACCAGUAAUGCUCGGUACAAAAUUCCAAGUGGUCCAGUCGAUGUUUUCAUCACUCUGUUUUUAUUUCGAGGACGCUGAAACCUUGUUGAAGUAAGAAACAAAAAAUCACUCUGCAGUAGCCUCUCACUCCUACAAGAACAGCUCUCACCUUAACAUUAAACACCUGCAAUAAAUCAUUUCUCAAGAACAGAAGCACGCCGUGAAAGCAGGCUGUUUUUUUUUAAGUCCUGCGUCGAAAAAUAAAGCCCAAACUCUGCUCAGCGGGAGGUCUUAUCGAGUGUUUCGUUUGUGCAGAGUUGUCUGCUGCAGGCACAGACCAAGCCAAGAAUAGUCACAUCAGUAAAACCUGAUCGAAAGUGUGGAUUGCUGCUUACUUUUGGCUCAAACUUAUAGACGUUUCAAAGUGUGAGCGUGUUUUCAGCCGCCUCUGAAACUACAUGCGUCACGGUUUUUAAAAGCCCAAAACCAAACAAACACACGUCAUCGUUCUCAAACCCACAGAGGAGUUUUUUUAGGGCUCUGUGCUGAAAUAUCUAAAUGUGGAGGAAACAUGUCUUCUGCACAGUCUGGAUUUAAAAACAGGAACUUUUAUCCUCUAACAGAGAUGUCAGAGCGCUAAGGAGCUUAACAAGCAGAAAAAGCCGCUAUUUCAGUUUGCGUCUGACAGCUCUAAUCUGGUCCCAAAAGAAAAUCUUCUUACAGUUUUUUCUUCACUUAUUCAGUCUUUCAACAUUUAGUUAUAACACUGUUUUAAAGGAGAAAAAAAGGCCUUAAAUAUCGUGAAUUUUGACAGGGGGAAGCACGAGUUUGUUACUGUCCUCCUUUGACGGUAAAAAUGAUCUGAAAAAUGUUUUACAAACAAACAUUUUGAAAUAGGGCUGCAGGAUUAAUUGAUUUAAAAUCGUAAUCAGAUUAUCUGAUCAUGAAGAUGUUAAAAAAAUUUGACUUGUGAAAUCGAUUUUCCUCUCUAUCAUGUCUUGCGCCUCCAGGCCAAAGUAGGCUCCCCCUUCCUGCAAGAGCGCUCCCCAGUAAAAUGAGACUCAGUAUCUAGAAAAAGCUUGGGUAUUGUUGUAAUUAUAUGAGUUGUUUUGUGACGACGAGUCUUUAAUCUUUUCAUUUCUUUUCAUAUGUUUUGGGAGCAAAGUGUGCCACGCAAACCUGAAAAAUACUGAUAUUUUCAAACUAAAAUUUGACAUUUCAUAAACAGGAAUCUGUCCUUGCAUGGUUCUCCUCUUUGCUGUAACUUGAAUUGACCAAACUCAAACUCAAGGAUUGGGACAUAUGAAGCUGGAAUAAGCCAGAAUAUGACAGUGUUAAAAAAAAAUCCACAUUUAUUAAAAUAUACAGAAUUUAACCUCCAAAGGGAGAUGCAUCCAAAGUUAAAGUAUUCCUUAUCCAGAAUAAGAUUGGCCACUAUACUACUAGGAAGUCCUUAUUAAAAGAUGGUUCAUUAAUCUAAAAUUAUAUUUAUUUAAACAGCAAAAACAGCCCCUCACUCCCAGAGCAACAGUAUUCUUAUCCAACUCCUUGCAGAACAAUAAACUGAGGUGGUAUUUUUUAAGCCCAUUGUUGGCAGUCAUCACCAGAGGCGGGUCUUCAACCCCCUAGCCUGCCUGUCAAUCGAGUGAGCCAUGCCGCUGAUUCCCUAACCUUGCAUGGAUUGCAGGACGGGAAUUAAUGUUAAGCAUUUGUGUUGUAAAGCCUGGUGUUGUUUUAGCCACAGUGUCAACAGGCCGUAGCGAAGUUUUCCAAUGUGGAAAAGAGAUGUCGUCUCCGCCUGUUUGCAUGGUGUGAAAUACGAUCCGCCUGAAAAGGAGACGGAUGUUUUCUUUUGUGUCUGUGCCCGACUUCCUUUCCAGCAUGAGUUAAUCCGUGCUGAAUUUAUCUGGCAUGCUCUGGCAUCCGGAAAAAAUUGAAUUUUUGCGAUCAGCUGCAGAGUCCGGCGAUCCAAAGUGGAACGGAAAGAAGCCGGUGGAAACUGACACGUUAACUUGAAUGGUUACGAUCAGCUAGGAUCGGCGGAUUUGGCCUUUUCGUAGCCGUUCCUGAUGCGGUGGAAUUUCCCGGUUGCUGUUGAUGCACUGCGCUGCCAUCUUGGAUUAUGAUGUUGUCGUCAAGUCGGGGUCGGUGAGGAUCAUCCGACUUUCAGCAGGAAAUUUGACUUCAGGGGGGCGUUCCAGAUGAAUUUCUGACUUGGAGCUUGGAAAUUCCGACUUCUGCGUACAACUUGAAUGCAGCAUUAGACUUAAUCACCGUUGCUAUGGAGUUUUGACCAAUCAGAAUCAAGAAGAUAGAUGCAGCUAAACAUACCCAUGAAAAAUUGAAGACAAUCAUCCCCACAAAAGGAUAAAACAGCCGCAUUGUUCCUUUAAAAUGUAGAGGAAUAAAUGCUGAGCGGCAAUAUUGAAGCGAUAACCAAAUGAGCCCUUUAACAGUUGAGUAAUCACUAAGUGUGUCAUUAAUUUGGAGCCAGAAGGACAAUCAGAUGGGAGCUUAUCAAUCCUGCAUUUAUAUCAUGGACCUGCUGAAGUGUGAAGAGCAGCCGAGUCAGAUUCUCCACACAUGCUCGGUGCUGCCUUUUCCACGCUGACUCAGAUCAGGGAUUAUUCCUCUAAUUAGCUGGGAGACGCUCCCCUCCUCUGACACAAAGUGAAGCCCGUCACUGAUUGGAUCAGAUAAGCGUUUGACAUUCAGAGCUCGCUUUUACCUUGUUUUGAAAAUCCCACGGAGGAUUUCAUCAGACUUCUGCCUGCCUGCCAGUGAGCUCUGAAAUUCAAUUUCCCUCCUUUGCUUUUCCACCCUGCAGUUGUGAUGAGCUGUAGCAGAGUUAGUCUGACUUUGGUCGUGGUGAAGUGUCAUCAUGGCUUUGUUUCUCUACUUUCAUGUGAGGCAGUGUAGCAGCUGUGGCGCAGUCUCGUGUGAUGACGCAGCAGAUGAUAUCACGCUGUUGUGAUCAACUCUGCAUGCUAUUUAAAUCAAUUCAAAUUCCCACAAUACACUUAUUUCCUGAUACUUAAACAUCAGUGCAACACUUUGUAUAUUCUUUAUAUUACACCACCUCCAGUGACCAAUUUAUUUUUGCACUUCUGAUACAAAAGAAAUUAAAGCUGCAGUGUUUCCAUACGAGUAAAGUUUUUGGACUUACUAACAACCAUGUAAGUUCUCAUGAACAGAAGAACGAUGCUACACACUGACUUUCUGGAAAAUCUGCACACUUGUGUGUGAACACUGUGUGAGCUUCUCUAAUCCACAAAGACUGUCCAAUCCCUCCAAAAUAAAGCGAUUAAUCCGUUAAUUUCAGUGAUAAAAUGUGACUAUUCCAAUGAAAAGCCAAGUCUGGUAGGAUCUGUCAACCAAUCAGAGGCUGUAUUUGGAAUCAGCUGACCUGUAAAGAAGAAGAACUUUAUUGAUCCCUGAAGGGAAAUUCAAUAAUAAUAUUUGUAAUAAUUUCAAUAAUUGUAAAGGUCCAAUCAGGAGGCCAGGCCUCCUCGUCUUAAACGGAAUAAAACUCUGUAUUUUUGACAGAGAAGAACCUGCAUUUGCUGACUUUUUUCCACACAGAAUAUCAACAGGAAUUGAUUAGAAACUGUUAAUUCCCAUCCCAACUCACCAACCAAAGAUUGUCAACUUGUCUGAAUAAGAAAGAAAACCAGAAAUGUACAAGAGCAGUCUGCCAAGGAAACACUGUCAGUGUCAUUCAUCAUGCAGUGUGGAGGCAAAUGGAGGGAUAAUGUCCCCAAACUCAGAUAUGUUAUAAAAAUGUUGAUAAUUUAGGGAAUUUUGUCUGAUAAAGAAUAAAGAUUUUUCAGAUAUGAGACCUGAGCCUGUGGGGGUUUUUUAGCAGAUAAACGAGUUUCUGUUUCUUCAUGUUUAAUUAUUCAGUAAAAUCCCCCUCAGUUUAAUGUUGGUUACUCAAGAACGUCAGAAUCUCUAAAGUCCACUAUAGAGAGUCCAAGGCAGGGGGGCGGUGGUGAAAGAGUAUGUGAUCUCUCACAUAGAAAAUGUGUGAUUUGAAAAAGGUCAAUUGCACAUAUCUAAAGCAAAGCCCUGUGCAGAGAUGAAGAAGUGUUUCAUCCUCUUCAAACUUUCCAAACCAGCAGCUCUGUGCUGUGUCAGAAAAGGGAAAGUGUUUUCAGAGGAGAGUUGGAGACCGAAACUCAAGGACAGGCAAGUUUGGUGUUUGUGUUUGACAACUAUUGUUUGAGCUGUGGGGACAUGCUGCAGCUGAAGAGCCGAGUCUGUUUACAUUCAUAUUAAGUUUGAAUGCACAAUAAUGUGUCAACAAGCUUCUCGAGACUUUUACAAAUACAGGCAAUAAACUCAGACGUUUCCUCUCAGAUCAUUUGGAGGACACAGUUGGUGUUUUCUUUGCACAGCUCAGCUUCCCAUAGUUCACUGUCUGCUAGUCAGCUUUUUAAUUUUCAGUAACUUAUGAAGAAAAAUAUCCACCAAACAUAUUUUCACCUUUGAAUGAAGUGAAUCGCUACAUCAACCUGGCAUUGACAGGAACGUCUACUUUCGCUCGGCUUAACUGUCUUUUGUGCAGGAAACAUAAACGAUUAAAGGUGCAGUGCGUAGAUUUUAGCAGCAGUAAGCAGAACAGACUUGGUAGAAAUUUAGUACAAGAUUCAUAGCUUUGUGAAAUUACAGGUUGAUUGCCUUUAUGUAAAAAUUAUUGUGUUUUUGCUCAACUAGAAUGAUCUCUGUAUAUCUACACACAGCUAUCUUGCACUGCCCUGUUCAUACAGUAGCACAGAAUGGACAAACAAGUAACGUACCCGUGUUUGUGCUGCAUGGACAGCCGUGCAAAAUGCACCAGCUGAAAGAUUAAGAGGAAAAAGAGAAGAGUUAUUGUUGUGCCCAAAUGCAUCUCAUAAUUUCAUGUCCUCAGAGGCGGCCGUUGCUUUGGUGUUCGGAGGGGUGAGCAAGGGAGCGUUUCAAUCUGUAAUCUGAAGAAUCUGCAUUGAAUCAAACAUUGAUAGUAAGUGUAGGCAAAUUAAAGUCCUUCUGUUUGUGCAAAUAAUGGAGGCUUAGCUUACUGUCAGUCUUACACUGUGUUUAGAGCGGGGACAGAGGCAGGUCCAUGUCUGCAGAACAUCUGCAGCAGCGAUCCAGACGAACCGUCUGUUUCAUGGAGCUCAGGGACUCCAUGAAAAGAUCUAUUACAGGUAUCAUAGAAAUGCUUCAGAGCCACGUCCUGCUGGUGAAUGUUACUCUAGUUUUCUGACUGAAGCCGUUCACAUCAGCUUGUAGUUUUCAUGAAGGAUGUGCCUUUUGAUGGCUGUUUGUCUGUUGUGAAGUGGUCUCUGAGUCUCUUUAUCUGUAGCUUUACUCAAGUUUACCUUCUUACAAAGUUUGUCUAAUUUCACCCUGAAUUAUCAACAAGAUUUAGCAGUUUCCAGUCCGUGGCUUCAACUUUGAGUAGAUGUGACUUUGUGCUUUAUUCACAUUGCAGUAUUAUUAUCUAUUUCACAUUUUCCUCUGCACAACUUGAAGGUGUGGCAGCCUUCAAAAAUGGGCUGAAAGACAGCACACAGUUCAAUUUAGAUUAAGCACAGCAGACUGUUUCCUGUCGUCAGCUUUAACAGGAACACGUUAUUGAGGACAUUGGGCCUUAAUUGACAGACAGUACAGGUUUGGUAAUUGCUCCGUGAUUUUCUCUGUGAUUUGUUGAACAUCUCUUUGAGUUGUUGUGUGUGUAAGAUGAAGCAGAGAUGGAGCAGCUGCUGUGUUUAAAGUGUCCCAGCAGGCAGCUACAUACAGCACACAGCUCCUCCAGUCUUAAUAAGCAGAGCCUGUCUCCUCUGGAGGCGGCUGGCUUGUCAGGCGUCCCCGCGGUUUGAAGACCCGGUUUCAUAGUUUCUUGACAGCAGCUUUUGAUCAUGGCGGAUGGCUGCAACGCGCCACACAAAGCAUCCGAGCGUUAUUUUCCAGCAGCGCAGUGGCUCCUGUUCACCUCCUUCUUGGAACAACUUGAAUGUGCAGGAAAUAUAAAUCCCAUCAGGCUGUGCUUGAAUUAUACUGGGAGUUUGUCUUUGAAACUAUUUUUCAUGAGGAGUUCAGAUGGUUGGCAUCUACUUUUCUUUCAGUGGAGGUCCCUAGAAAGCAGAACUUUUGGAAGAAGUAAGACAUGAGUGUUAAAAAAAACUUUUAAGACCCCAACCAAAAGAAAACUGGAACAUACAUCAAUAUAAAUCUCCCCUAGAAAGAGUGGUCAUAGAUACGUCUUUACAUCAUAAGUGAACUGUCCUGCUGUGAUAACUUGAAUAAUGAUUGGAUUUCUGUGAGAUACCUGCAGGUGUAUAUUUCUGUAUGUAUGCAGCCUCUGAGUUCUAGAAUAGACACCAGGAACCCUGGAUACUGUGGACUCAAUAUGUCUAACAUCAGGGUGGAUAAAAGUAGAUCUGCCAUCACUGUGAUCACAUCUAUGUGUUUCUGUUCUCCGGGGAUGUUUAUGACACACCGCGCUCCUGCUGCUCAUCUUUUAAAGGAACCUGCAUCGUUUUGCUGUGAGCGCCUGAGUUCUUGCUGUAACUGAGACACUGAUAACACAGGACCUUCAUUAGACUUGCAAGUGGGUGCGUUAACCAAACGACAAAGCUGCAGAAGUGUGGGGGAUAGAUUCUCUAGCUCCAUCGUUUAAGGUCGAGUGAACAGUCGAGUUGUCCUGUUGACCGUGACACUGCCAGCUCUUGACUAGAACGUUGUUAUGACUCUGACGACUGACUUUGCUGUGCAGUGAAGAAGUUAUAGAUGUUGUGGAUGGUUGUGGCUCUGUGAGAUCUUUGACUAGGGAUAAGGAUUAAUUUUUAUCAACACUGGUACCAUCAUCACCAUGAUUGAGGCUCUUGAAUGCAGCCCUGCAGCAGAAAACAGAGUCGACAAAGUUGUUUCAAGAUUCAAACAGUCAAAAGUUCUGCAGGUACUUUGACUUGAUUUGAUGCACAGUGCUGAUGUGCAUUGUUCCCCCCCUUGCAAGAAAUUAUUUUGCAUCAAAAACUACAUUUUGCUUUGACUGCCAAGAUUCUUCUUUGUGUACUUUCUUGUACCGCUCCUGUUCAAAAAUGAUAAACUCAAACAUUAAAAGAGCAACUGGACUCAACUGAGGCUGACACUUUGAGGUUCUCAAAGACAUUUCUCCUCUCUUCCAAAAGGCUUCUUCACCUCUAAAGUGACACGGGGGUCACCUCACCUAUUUUGACCCACUAAAACUCCACUGUUCAAAGUGACGUUGACCAAAUUCAGAUCCUUAAAAAAUGUGUCAUAUAAAUGAGCAGGUAAAGAGAAAACAAGGAUCUUCUAUAAAGGACCUUGUUAUGUUGAUGUAGGAGAAAAAACAGGAGUGGUGUCCUGAUCAAAAGUGCAGAAAGAAUCUUUUUAAUACGGCAAAAUCUAUUAUCCUGAAUUUCUUGGCAUUCCCUUUAAGAUUUUCUUACACUAUAGAUUAAAAUUACAGAUUUUCGAUCUUGUCGGUGUCCUCCUCAUAUUCCCACCAUAAUCUACAGCAGUGUUUGUGGAAGUCAGUACUUCUCAAAAGGGUUUCAAAGCAUUAGUAAACCAUAAGCAUCCCAGUAAACCAGUCAGGUUCACACUCUUGGAACAAGAAAGAUGUCAGCUCAAGUAUAAAUUUAUGAAGCUUUAUAAAAAUUAGAUGUUUCAACUUUCUACAUGCUGCAAAGGCCUGAUAAACACUGUAGCUGCAGAAAAAAGAAGGAUAUGAGGAGAGCACUGACUUCAGGAGGAAAAUGAGGAUUGAUCUGGAGAGCAGAGGGGAGCUAGUUUACUCUUCCUGCAGUGAACUGUUGGACCGAUGGUCGGGGUGAACCUCAGCCAGAGUCAGCCUCUCAUUAUUCUCCCCAGCAGGCGUGCGGCUCUCAGAUUGGAAAUGAGAGUGACUUCAGAUGGCUUAAAAAAGCCUAAUUGAUGAAGCUGAGGUUGGCGCGGAGGUCUCAGUUUCUCCUCUCAUCAAAACAGUUUCUCGGUGAAGAAAAACAGCCACAGAGCGAGAAACUCCACAAACAAAAUGAAGCAUGUUUUCUUCCAGCACAUCCAUAUCUACACUUUGAAGGCAGAAAAAUAAACGAUGAGCCUGAGCGCUGUCCUCGGCUUAUCCUUUCCAGAACAAAAACACAGAUUCCAACAGAAAAACAUCCUUUUAAUGGAGAUGAAACUCCCUCACAACAGACUGUUCAUUCCUCUUCUGCAGCCAGCUCACAGAUAACCAUUUACCAGCUCCUUAAAAGUUAUAUUUGGCUUAUUAAUUGCUUCAAAUUUCAUCAUCCAGCUAGUUUUUUAAGAUUAGAGCUUUGUAUCUGAUCUUUUCCAUGUUUACUCUUUAGUUUGUAUUCUGUUGAGUUAUUUGAGUACCUGAGGACCAAAGAGGAAACAGUGGAUCUAUUUGGAUGAAAUUAGAUGAAAUUAGAUUGUCCAUUUUCCCCUUAAGGCUUAAACCCCGCUGUUCCCUUUCCUCCUAAUCUUAUUCAGUCUAAUCCAAUCCACUCCAAAUCUAUGUAAUCUAAUAUAAUCCAAUCCAAUUUACUUGUAUUGUUUUCUGGUCAUCAAAUCAAAGUCCCACAUUGUCACUUUCAUAACAAUCAAGCAAUAAUAAGGGUUAUUACCAUUUAAAAAGGACUUCUCACAUGUUUUAAUUGGUCGAUUGUUGUCUCAGCAUGAUAAAAAGAAAGGCCACAUGCUGGCGGCCAGAAAUUCUGCUUGAUGGAUUAUGAAAGGAUUUUAGCCGCCAGACAAGGAGGACAAAGAGAUGAGAAAGUUUCAUAAAGUGAAACUUUAAUUUGAGCAUUAAUGUUCAUUCUUGACCUCCAAAAAAAUGAGAUCCAAGGUCGGCCAGCUGUUCGCAGAGCUUUCAUCUGACCGAGAACUGAACACCAUCUGUCGUAGACGACAGAGAGAUGUGUUUAAAAGCUCAAGAGUGAACCCUGGUGAUCGUUUCAACAUUUUUCUUCUGACUUUUUCCUUUUAAAUUAAAAAAAUCAGUUUUAUUAAAAGCCAUGAAAAAGGAUCCAGAUGCACUGAAUACCAAACUUUUCAAAUCUGUUGAAAUAAAAAUGUUCAGACAGAAGGAAACAAGGCUGUCUUCCUGCAGACAUACCGACUGUUACCACUGCUGAAGCAAGCAGAUUCAUGAGGGUGACAUACUUGACAUCAAUAAGUUCACUUGCUCAUAUGUAGCAGGUAUAAUGACUUUUAAAGUCAUGAUCUGACUUUCAUAUUUUAGUGUGCUAAUAAUUUACAAAAAAGAAGCUAAGAGGAAAAGAUUUAGUCUCCUAAAUAUCUGCUCAAAAUACAAUUUAACCUCAGUGAAAGUGAAAUUUAGCUGUCACACUCUAUCAAGUAGACACUGCGAAAAACUGCAGUUCCUUCAGUGUCCACUAGAGGCUGGUUCCAAAAUGACAUUGACCACAUUGACACCAAGUUUAAAAAGCGUGUUUUAGAAACAACGUUUAACAUGUUUCCAGCCAAAUUAGAAAAAAAAACGAAUCCGAUUUAGGUUGUGGCUGACGAGUGGGCAUUUUGUGGCUGUUUGGCCAUAAUCACUAAGCUUCAUAACACUUCUCCAGGGACCAAUUGGCCACAUCACUGAGACUGCAACCAUGUUUUAUAAGGUCUAUGGUUAUGAAUAAGCCUGAAAACAAGCAGAGGUAGGGUCAAGGCCAUGGCGUCUGCUUUUUUCCACAUUUUCAAACUUAAAUGUUAAGUUAAAAUGUGGGCGAGGUUUCGGAUCAUAAGGUAAAUGUGUUGUGGAGAUAUCCCAGGCUGAGGCUGCAGACUGCUCUGAACAGCUUGUUCAGAAUGUCACAUGACAAUCUGGAUAGAGUAAAAUGAGAUUUAUUGAAAUCAUGAUGAGCGUGUCCUUGAACGGAGAAAUUUGUUUUUAAAAGACAAACACAACUUUGUUGCAUGGCAACAGUGAAGGAGGCCCUUGAAAGGACUGACAUGAAGCUUUUAAGACAGAGGCUGAAAUGAGGGUUUUCAAAGACAGCAGACUGGGAUAUAUGCGGAAUAUUUUGAUCAAUCCAUCAAGCUAUGACAAAGCUAACAAAGGGACUCGAAAAUCCUCUUUAAUUAUGAAAGCCUCAGCGUUUAGAUCAUCAAAAAGGAAGUUCUGUAGAAAAAACAUGAAUUUCACAGACAUCACACAAAGCUGCAAACUCCAUUUUUAUGUGGCUUCAUUUUAAUAUAGCCUCUGUUGGGGUUUCUUGACAUUUGGAUCAAGCCCCAAGUGGACAUUUGAAGAACUGCAGCUUCUAUCUAGCGUAUUAAAAAAGCUUUGUUUCUCAACACUUUGUUUUUUUACUUGAAACAAAUUGAGCCUCCAUACUUGAAUAUUUCAAUUAUUUGUUGGCAAAACAACCAAUAGGCAUCACCUGAGUCUGUGUAAGUGUUGUUGGUGCAGCAGGAACCUCUCUGGAUAACAGGCUUGUCUUUGAAGUGCUCCAAACUGUAGCGUAUGAUGACAAAUGUUGGUGGAAUUCAUCUCCUGAAAGCCGUAAAUGUUUGUGCAAAAUGUCAAAUGAAUCCAUGUCAGUGAUGUUGAGAUAUUUCAAUUUCAGCUUGCUAAAUGACGGCCAUAUAAAGCCUUGAGAACUGCUUCAUAUUGAGCUGUUUGAAACGUAACAUUUCAACCACAAGGAAACAAAAGAGGAGAAAGAAAGCAGAGCCGCCUGCUCAGACUGUAAUGGGUUGUAGGCAAGAAGAGCUGCCAGUUUGAGUAACGGUGAAGCGGGGAAAAGAUUGUAGCAUUAGUCAUCAAACGAUGCUUAUUUACAUCAAACGGAGAUAUUUCAGUAAAACACGGUGUGGGUUGUACUCCAGUCAAAGCUGAGAUGUGCUGAAACAGGACGCCUUCCAAGAAAAGAGCGAGUCAGCCUCUCGCUCGUCUGAUUGAUGAGCCUUCUGGGAAACAUCAUUUUGAACUCCCGCUGAUCUCCAGAGGAUUUAUUAGCAUCCUAUUAUGUUGGUCUUAUAGUAGCAGCUUCUCUGGUACACUCUUGGCAGCCACCUGAGUAAUGAUGGUUUUGUUGCUCCGCGCUCUUGGGCUACAUUCACAACACGCACUUUCGGGCUGGUUUCCAAGUUCAUGCUCCUAUCUGAUUAUUCGGAUCACUGUUGCACAUCUCUGCCUGGAUGUAAUGAAAGGAUCAUAAUUCAAUAUGAGCUGACAGCGAUGUCAGGAAGAGUUCAGAGGCUGAGAAAAGUCUCCUCCGGUUUACUGCGGCCAGAUUUACAGCCAAGUUAUGACCUAGAGAGGAUUGAACUCUGGAUUAGACAAACAGAGUUGUUUGUUUUUACUCAGAGAGGGAAACGAUGACUAAGACGACUCACAGGGUCGAUUACAGGUGGCUGGUUAAAGUCAUCGUUAACCAGAAAAGUCCAUGUGGGAUUUCUUCUGCGCCACAACAGACCAGAUUUACAAUGUAGUCAAAUAAGUGACUAGUUACCCCCCGUUAGAUUAAGUUGCAUUACACAAAAACUACCUCCCAAAAAAAGGCAGAAAAUUAUCUGAACCAAACAAUUCUUUUUUCGUAAACUACAACCUGGUCCUACAACCCUUCAAAUCCUUCCUGGAAAAACUAUAGUUUGUAUUCCUCAUCUUAGAAAAACAAAAUCAUAUAAUUAUCUCCUUUUUGCUGUUAAAAUAACUUUUUUUGUUCGUCCGCCUCGUCCCAACAUGUGCAAUGUGUUUGAUUGUUAAAGUCCAGAAAAAUUGAGGACUGAUGGUUUGGGUAUCAGUCCUAAAUAUUGGCGCAACAUGGAGUUUUUUUCCUGUUGUAGAAGGUUAAAUAGAGAGAAACCAUAGAUUGUACAUAGAAUGGACACCGUCUGCCUCAUUUCAGGGUGAAGCCACCCCGAGAACAGCACCCUCUGGUGACGGGCUGCAGUAUAGGUCAUAAAUCCCGCCUCCUCCAGCAAUCCCUAUGGAGCUGUGGACAAACUUUAGAAAUGGAUUACACAGAAUAUAAAUUUUUAAAUUCGUAUAAUGGUGGAAGGUGGAGCCAAGUUGUCCAUAGUAUAUACAGUCUAUAAUAGAAACAGGUUAUUUUAAAUACAGUCAAUUAAAGUGAUCAUCAUUGUACAUGUACAAUAUCCUAUUAGUGACCGAAGCUGACAUGGUUCAAUAGAUAAUAACGUUGAAAAACUUGUUAAAAAAUGCUAAAUUAUAGUGAUAUUAUUUUACAAGUGGAAAUAACUUUCGGUUUUUACAUCCAAUUAUUUUUGAAUUACCAAAAGCCAUGAAUGACAUAGUGACACCAUAAUCUUAUUUAAAAUCAGGCAAUAUCACAGGCAUCAUAACUAAAUUAAGGACCCCAUCUAUAGCUGUGUUUCUAAACCUCUUAUAAGUGCACAAAAUGAUUUCAAUUUUAUGAGCUAUUAAGAAAGAUCUUUUCAAACUAAAUUUAUUAUAUUAUUAGUCUGAUUGGUAAUAACAAGAACAAGAAAUUUAUUGUAGUUGAAUUGUUUAUUGGUAAGAAAACAAAAUAUGAUAAAAAUCUCUUCCUACCUCAUUUGUCUCCAUUUGUUAUGUGUAUUUUUUCUCAGUCUGCAAUUCUAUGAUUCUUUUUUCUUUAAAAUAAACAUUUUAAUUCAGUUCAGCACUGAUCAUAAAUAUCAGCAGCUCCAUGUCUGACCUUUUUCAUCCAUCUGAACCUUCACAUGCAGCAGAGAUACUUCUUUUGAUCUCGUCGUCGUCGCUCCUCUCGGCUCUAAUGAGAGGAGGGAAACUCUGGAUGGGGACAUGUUCAGCUGGAGUGUCAAAUCCGCUCUGCUUUUCUUAAUUAUCGUGUCUCUGGAUCAUCAUCUUGUGGAAAUAGAAAAAAAAAAUUGGGGAGAAAUUUAGUGACUGAGUGAGCGUCAGAGCCGACACCUCCCCUCUCCUCCUCCUCCUCCCCUCUCCUCUUCCUCCUCUUCCUCUUCCUCCCCUCUCUGUGGAGAGAUGGGAUGAUUUUACAGUGAGCCAUAUCGUUUCAGAGUCGCAAAGAUUGUCUGCAUCUCUGAGCUGCUUUUACCUCUGAGCUCACACCGAUGUUUUCAUUACACCCGUCACCAUGGAGACCAGCAUCCUCUCCCCUGUCCUCCACAGUGCAUCUCCCCAUUUCCCCACACAUGCACCUUUAAAAGGAACGCACCUUUUUAGUGUUUCUGAGUGGAUUUCCCCUGCUCCUCUUCCUGCAGACUGACAGGAAGUGACUUUGGGCUUUGAGAAUACUUAAUGACGUCUGUGUUUCCCUCUCAGGCAGUUUCAUUUCGGAGGUGAAAUCUCACUUCCCCCCCCUGCGGGCAGAUCGCACACAUUUUGCAUUUAUUCUCCUCACAUUGUCAUGCGUCCAGAGUGACAAAUGGCACAUGUCUCACCUUGGGGGCAUUGUUGACUUCUCGCAGGAGGGCUGUUUGUUAUUGAAAAUGGGCUUCAGACGAACCUGGCUCUUCCCGCUCCCUCCCCCUCAGGUGCUUUCUUGCUGAUAGAAUUUUAUUAUUGGCAAGUCCUGGGUGAUAUCAUAUCCCGCCGUCCUAUUGCCCCCACAGCGAGUGAAACGCAAUAACAGGAGAAUUGAUUAUACGUGGACCACAGAGCAGCAGCAAGGAGAUGUGUUUACUGUAGUCUCCUUCCUGACUGAACGCUAAAACUCAGUGCUCUGCAGACGCCCUUCUGCCUGAUGAAUGAUUAAUGAUGCUUCAAUCGCUGGCCUCACAAACUCCUGUCUGUUCAGAUGCAGCAGGAGGGUAUCAAACCUGCAGCAGGGAGACUGAGGAGUGGAAGUCUGAGGUUUGGGGGUUGCAUUUCAAAUGCUUGAGGCCCCUGUGAGGUUACAUGCAACUUUAAUUCAUCCGUUUAGAGGAAGGAGCAGGCUGCAGACGUCCACUCUGGGUUAAAACUGUGACCCUCCAUCAGCUCACACCACAACUCAAAUAGAUUCAGUAAAAAUGAAGACUUCAGAGACAAAGAUGCUGCAACAACCUGAAACAUUUGACAAGUUUCCACCCCUGACAAUUAUUUCUCUACCUGGUUUCCUUCACCUAAUUUAAAAACUUGAUCCUGGACUUUCUUGAGGUAAUCCUCUGCAGGACUUGGGCUUCACCUGCAGUGUGUCUCUAACAUAUAAACAACCUUUAUAGUCUGUCAGAGCACGCCAAGUGAAACCUGCACCAAACUUAACGGAGCUGAAACCUUUGUGAGAAACAAGCGGAGAAAAAUGUUACUAAACUCAUCUGAGAGUUUCUCUGCAGCAGGAUGUCGCUGCAAAAAUCCCUCCAGCCGUUACAUGUGAUCAAUGUUUCCAAGGUGACUGCGUUUCUCAAAAUGACCCUCAAAAACACUUCGAAUACAACACCGCCCACCAACUGUACUCCACUUCUUCUCCCCUCACCCAAAUCAGUCAUUUCACAGCGUUUAACUCUGCUUUGACGUCACAUAACCAGACCAAAAACAGAAAAGACUGGGUUAGUCAUCAAACCACAACACAGAUCCCCAACACUACAUAAUAAUCAGACUGGCUGCAACACUGCUGCUCUGAAUAGACUGAGUGACACACUGGGAGCCGAGACACUGUGUGCAUGAUUCAAAAGGAGACGUUACUUUUAACAUUUGCAUUAACAUUCACAACAUGUCCCACAUUUACGGCCAGAGGAAAACCAAAUCCACAGAAGCCGUGAUCGAGAGACUUUUGUGCAUACUUGUAGGUCUCAAAGUGUGACGUCUUUUUUAAUCCAAGUCCAGAAUUGCGUCAUUUUAGCUCCUCCAGGUAUUUGCAGAAUCUCUAAUCAGGUGUUGGCACUCUAUGUAUUCUGGUUUCUGACAGUGUGCAGGGAAACAGUCUGUUUGGAGAUUAGAGAGGUAGAGGUGCAAAAAAACUGCAGAUCCUCUAGUGUCCACUUGAAAACGCCUGUUCCAUCCAGAGCUAAGGUCGUUACGAAUUAGCGAAGCAAAUUAGCAAAGCGAAUAACUUCCGCAGAGUGAAAACUGCAAUUUUUUCACUUCUGUAAUGAAUUUUGCGAACAUUCACAGGUGAACUGCUAUAUAAAUCUAAAGCAUAAUAUGAAUCUUACCUCAGACAUAUGGCAAGCCGUUGCUCUGGAUCAAUUGGCUCUCUGUAAUUUGUCCUCUCCUUCUGCAAAUGUGGAGUCAGCUUAUGGAGCAGUUCUGAAGUAUUGUCAGAAUUUCUCGGGAUACAAUUUAAGCUCCUGGAUCAUUGUGUGGAGCUCCCCCAUCUCCUGUCUCAGUGUCAGUAUUGGACGUACCCAGACACUUUGAUUCUUCUUUCUCUUUUUGAUAUUUAAUAGACUUACAACCAUGACCAGGUCAUCAUCGUGUAGGUGCGAUUGUUUCUCCUUCUUCUUCCUCCCCCUCUGUUCUCCCGUGGCGUAUUUUGAUGCUAAUAUGCUAACUUUAUUUGCAUCGCACCAGGUGUGUAUAGGAAAAGGUGUAAGCCGAAUAUUUCUCAUUUUCGUGUUGCUUUUUCACGUCACUGCGCUAAUUCGCCAGUGUGUAAUGACCUUUACUUUGUCAGUCUGGUGACAUGAUGGAGUCUCUAAACGCCAUCAUGCCGUAGGUUUCUCUGGAUUGCUGCUGCAGAUGGUUUGCAGUUGUGGACCUGCCUGCUUUCCAGCUGUGGUUCAAUCUCACCUCUGUCAAUCUCUCUCUCUUCUGCAUCUCCCUCUCUGAACCCAUGCUGUCUUCGCAGAUGACUGUCUCACAUGAGUCUGGCUGAGCAUCUUGAGAUAACACUUGUUGUGAGUCAGUGCAGUAUAAAUAAGCAUUAACUGGUUGAUAUGGAGCUCUUGAAUCUGCACUUGAUGGUACUAAAAUGAAGGAUUCGCUGCAAUCAGAAUCGUUUCUUCAAGUUAAGGUCUUCAUAUUUCUACAGUAACUGAAUUUGUCUUUUUCGCGUGCACAGCUGAAACUCUCUCUGCCUCCCUUGCAUGUGAAAUAACGUCAGCCGUGUCGUGCUGACGGGUAGAAAGCCGAUCAAAGUAAAUAUAUCAGUCCUUUUGAAGAACAUUGUUGCAUCAGUGCAGACACUUGGAGCAGAUUUGUUGUUUUAUUCUCAAACUCCUCUCCUCCUGUCGUAACUCUGUGUCUGCGCUGUGCUUCAAGUGAAAGGCCUAGAUGUUUGCAUUGAAUACAACAAGUCAUCAUUUCACCUUUCAGUUCUUCUUUGCAAACAAACACCGACAACCUCUGCUUCCAGGAUCCUCCAGAUAAACUAUGAAUAUUUCAUCUUUAUGAUGAUUCAAUCAAUACAGCUGAGCGUGCGUCAGAGUUACCGCUGAAUGAAUUCAACGACCUCAGCUGACCGCAUCCUUUGGCUCUUGAGGCAAUGUUUACAUAAUGUGACCUCAGACCUCAGGCUGAGAAAAACAUGAAUCCAUUGAUGGUUGAUCCACAGCAAAUUUCCUGGACUUCUGAAGACACAUAAAAACAAGAUUUAAGAGCUUUGGACGAAGUAAAGAUGACAUGAAUUCUUAAUGUGUCUCAGGCUGAGGAGAUAAAACUUUUUUCAAGCCCCCCCUUCUUCCCUGUACCGUACACAUCAGCUGGUUUCUUUGAAUCAAACAAGCAGGUGGAGCUUAAUUUGGGUGGAAAAUACUCUGUUGUUUUAGUUUUGGUUAUAAAAAGAAGAAUUAUAGAGGCUUUCUUUUGGGAUGAAGGCUUUUUUUGGAGCAGCCUCUGAUUUUUAACUCUUCUUCGUUGGCACUUUGAGACACUUUAACAUCAAACUCUUGGUGAAACGUGAUUUUAUCCUGAAUUUUAAAGGCAAAUAGGAAAAAAAUAUGAAGUAAUGAUUGGUUAUAGCAUGGGUUUCUUGAGUUAUUCUCCAGCAGCUUUCAUGUCUCCAAAUAUGGCAACAUUGAUCCAUCAACCAUAUUGAUAUAUCUUGACUCAAAAAGAGGCGAUCGUGCUCAUUUAUUGUCUUGAUAUCAUCCUUCUGGGAGCUUCUCUGCAGCUUUCCAGGAUUUACAGUUCAACAAACUCUUCAUAUUUCAGGCUGUUUUUGAAAACCUUCAUUUCAGCCUCUGUCUGAGAUGUUCGAUUCAGGUCACCAUCCCUUUACGGUGAAGGUACCAGAUCAGCUCAGGGCUAAGCGCCUGUUGAAGACGUCACAUGACUGCAAGUCAACUCAGACAAACCACAUUGCGCUCCAUUUAAUAAGUCAAAAAUGCUUGGUUAAAAGACCCUCACGGUUUUCUUUAUUUCCAUUUGUUAAUUCAAUUGACCUCGAAACUUUCAAUCCAUAUUAUACUGAGAAUUACAACUUACUGUACUGUAAUUUUUAGAUGGUUUUAAUUGUAAAUGUGAACUUUUCUGAAGGAAAAAGAAAAAAGAUUCCACAUUUCCUUUGGCGACCAAUAAGAGGCGGUAGUCCAGCUGCCGUAAAUCCUCUUUGAGUAGCGAUAGAUUUCUUCGUGAAAUACGUCGAUGUUUCCUCCGAAGAACAAUCCCACGAAAGCCAAACCGCUUUUGUAAUAUCCGGACCAACCACAAUCUUCUACGUCACCCAAACCAACUUCCAGCCGAUCAUAUAGCGUGACGUAAUCAAUUGGUUCCCGGUCCCGAACUGAUCUGGCAGCCCGAACACAUUUAUUAUCUACAACGGCCCCUUAGCAUUCUUGAAGUCUCCUUCACUGUUGCCAGGCAACAAAUUUGAGUUUCUUUCUAUGAGUUUGCCCUUUUAAGGAGAUUCACUCCCUGGUGAAAUCAUGAUCUGAGAAAAUCUCAUCUUGACUUUACUGAAUUCUUGUUUGACUUGACGAGAUAAUCUUGAGAACCAUCUGAUAAUUAGACCUUUGCUGACUUUCAUCUAAACGGGGGGAAUCCGGCCUUAUAUCAGCACAAUCGUCUUGUAGUGUGAGCCCAGCUUUAGCAAUGAUACAAACAAGGAGGAAGUAGGUUUAAGGACUUAGAUCUCUCUUCCACUUUUACCCUCAAAAAACACCAGGAUCAGGACCAAGAUUCAAUAAGAACCCGAGUCGAUGAGCAGAACCAGAGCUGGAAACAAAAUCAAACAGAACAAAUUUGACUCAACCUCUACUGGAUUAUAUUUCCACGCCAACAUCAAGCAGAGGCUUUGAUUUUUGGAUCACAAAAUGAGAGGAACCUCAAAGAGCUGCAGGUUGAUAUCAGUGAGUUAUACGGUACAGCAGUAUAGAGUCAUAAAUCUUUAAUAAGCAGGAUAAUGUCUCAGAUUAUGACUGUACCAGCUGAUAAACCUUGAAGCUAAAUCAACAAGCUGUGAGAACAUUUUGCUCUCUGUCUUUUAUAGCCACGUCCCUCUGGGUCUCCUCAGACCUUUGAAGCUCUUUGUUACAGCUUCAACACGAGGGCUCAGCAGCUAACAGCGGGAUACGGUCACUCCUAACGGUUGCUGUUGAUUGCAGCUGUAAACCGAGCCGAAAGAAAGCCUGUGUUAUGUGUUGGAAACUUUCGGCAGCUUCUUAUCAGAGUGAUGUUUCUUACACUUACAAAUACAAAUGGGGGCCCUACAGCUGAACGCUUGUUUCAUGAGGAUGUCGAGUUGUGUUUUGAUCGCUGUUUUUCACUGAUAUCAAACGCUAGAACUGAAGCUUGCAUCAUUGCCUCCCUGCCGCGUCUGCUUGUCUUCCCUGGGCUACAAAAGAAAUCACUUUUGUCACAGAGAAGAAAUCCCGCUCCCCCUUUGACACUGAACUGCUGCAGCCUGGUGUUAGGAGUGUUAAUGAGGGAGGAAAUCUUCCUUUCAUGUGUUUGCAACUAUGAGCCUCCAACCACAAAUCACUGAUCUCUUCUCUCACUUUUUUUUAAUGCACACUAUACAGCUCUAGAUUAUUCAUGAGCUCUUUAUGUUCCUGGAAACGGCUGAUUGCUAUUCAAUACUGAAAUCUGAAUAAGCUCUAAUGAACAAGUGUGUGCACACAUAUGAGGAUUUAGACUCCGGUUCUCAGCGUGCUGCAUGAAAAAAGACAUAGGCUAGGGUUCUUUUUUUUUUAAAUUAAAGUUUUACAAGGUAACUGUCUGUAGUAAACGGCUUACCGACCAAGGAUUCCUCUCCGCUUGGUCCCUUUAAAGAGGAACCAGCAGGAGAACCAGAUCAGAACCCCUGCAGGAGGUAUUAAUUUAAGACAUCUCAAGUGCUAGUCUUCAUAGAAGUCUGCAUAGGUCUGUUGUCUGUUCACGUCUACGUCAUCUGAGUGAACUUGACCUCGCCCAGAACACUGGUAUACUGUAAAUUUUGAUAAAUUUGCAUCUCAUUUUGACUAAAUUAAAGCAACAAAUGUUGAAUGUUGCCCCUCAGAAAUGGUAACCCUUGUAGAGUUUGUUAUUCCAGCUCCCUCCUUCCCCUCGACAGCUAAAACAGAGGACUAUGGGAUGUAUCAUAAUGCAUUAUAUAUGCACGUGCGUGCAUUGGUUAUGUUUGGUGAUAUGGCUCCGUCCUGAGAGCUCCUUGCUCUUCCACAUGCCCACAUAGAAGCCUACGGCAGGGAGAGCAGCAGCAAGACCAAAGGUUACAGAAUACAGCAGAUAUCCUUUUAGUAAGCUAAUGGAAAAAAAAACAGAGUUUACAAACUUUUGUUGUAGUUAUCCCACCUUCACUGCUGGCCUAGCAUCCCAUAUAAGGAGGUUAUGAUGCCUACAUGGACAGCCUCCAACCUGAGACCCUUCCUGCUCAAGUCUCUGUCCUGUCCUUUCAAAAUAAAAGCCAAAAGCCCAGAAUAGAUCUUAUUUUAAAGGAGUUUCCAAGUUGGAAAAUGCCCAGUUUCCUAAAUUGAAGUAAAACCCUCUAAACUCUAAAAUUUGCUCCCUUAGGUGAUGUUGCGACUUGAUGCCAGUUUUUCCUAUCCACAUGGCUUUCAAUCAAAGUUUGAGUAAUGUUACAAAACUCUUUUCUGAAUUGUGAAUCAACUUCUACUUAAACUUUAACUUUCCCUGUAAAAAGCAUGUGAGCUUAUCAAAGUCAGGAGAAGUACUCCUGAACAAACCAUGCAGCAUAUGUUACAAUUAAUGAUUUUACGGAGCUACAAAUUGAUAAAUUAGCUAAAAACAGAGAAGAGUAGCAUUAAAAAGAAGAUCUGCAUCCCACCCAUCUGCUUCGGCAACUAAAGCCGACUUUACGACAGUGGGUGCUGGUGCUCAUCUCAGAAAACCGUAGUUGGUUUUCCAUUUUAAAGUUCAUCACUGUCCCUUUAAUAUUCAAGUAAAUGAUUUUAAAGCAAAGAAUCCCAUCAGGCACAGCUGUAAUUUAACAUGUCACAUUAAUACAGUAAUCAAAGAUCGUUAAUGUGCUUGUAAACAUGUUAAAAACCAGUAUGUUUGACUCAGUGAGCAUGUGAACAUGCAAACACGAUCAGCAAUUAGCCGAAAGCCCCGCUGUGUAAAUUGUCUAAAACACAAAUAACUGGAAUCAUCCUCAGGGAAAGAAAUCUCCCUGCUGGGCGUCCUCUUCAAAGGCCAAACUUCAGUCCCCCUCUCUGCUGAGCCACUCUCAUCAUCUCUGCAUGCUGACAAUCGAACACGCUGCGAAGGUGCAUGAAUAUUUGGCACAGGAUCUGCAGCUGCGCCUGUUCCCAUGCAUUUUUAAUGGGGUGUGCCCCGCUUGUCCAACAGCAGAAAGAGGGUAACUGCUGGAUCCCUGAGUCUAAGAAACCGCCCCUCCCUCCAGCUUGAUGAAUAAGUAAACACAUUGAGCUGGGCAGAGAUGCACUCAGUAAAACUCUCAGCUGGAGGCAAAAAGAUUUGCUUUCUUGUGAAAGAAAUGCUGUUUACUCGCCGAUGAUUCCCCCCGCUCGCUCCCCCUGAACUCGAUUAACACUUUUCCACGGAGUCCAAACUCAUGCAUCAACUUUAAUUCUGGUCAGCAGAUUGCAUUUCAGCGCCUCCGUCAGACUCACCACCAUCCCCCAUGACGGCACAAAAAGAAAAAAGAUUAUGCAGCCGUCUUGAAAUCUGGCUGUUUAAUCUGUGAUUUUACGCCUUUACCUAAAUGUCCUCUUCUCUGCCAGCUGAAACCAUUUGGAAGAAAAUCUUUUAUACCCUGAAAACCUGCUGUUGUUUUUGUCACAUCGGUGCAGCACAUUAACUGCAGAAGUUAGAACAACCUUGGACAUAAAUCUUGAAAGAUCCCAGUAAUGGCUUUCGGCUGUUUGGAGAAAUAAUGAUGAAUAGUUUAUGAACCAAUAAAACGGUGUUUGUUGUUGUUUUUUGUGUUUCCAAGGAGGUACAAGGUUAAUGUAUCAAUUUAGCUGCAAGUUUGCAGGAUUUAUUUUUAAUUACUGAUGUUUUCCUCUUUUUUUUUUUUUUUUUUUACUCUGAUUCUUGCUUUGAAUGCACGAUUACUAAAUAGAUGAAUAAGUGUAAUGUCAAAGGAUGCUGUCUUAAACCCUUAUCAGAGUCUGUAUGAAACGAUCAGUCGCCUGAACCAAACCCAGAAUUAACAUCACAGUAACCUCAAAUUAGGUUGUUGCAUAUGGCCUAAACUCUCUGGUGUUCCCUAGAGGUAUCCUCCUUUAAGACAGAUAAUGUACAGUCAAGUUUGUUCACAAAUACACUCAUAAUGCAGCAGGAUGCAAAACAAGACUAAACAGCAAGUGAAAGUUAGUGCUUGUGCAUGCUCAUGGUAACCGCAGCUUCACUCUUGACAUGCUUAAACUUGUACCUUGGCUUUUCAGAAACACACUACUCUCUCCCUGCUCUCUUCUCUCCUUGUGCGGCUGCAUAACCCUCUGAACGUCUGCAGCACAAUGUGUUGAGGGUACAGCAGUGAAUAUAAGGGGCAUCUGCAAGUUUUCUCAUCAAUAAUCAGAGCUGUUAUUGACUGAGUUGAGAUGAGAGCUGCUUGAGGGGCAGAAAAGGGACAGUGGGCUCAUUCAACUUAUAAGACAAAACACGGUUCAGUCUCAGUUAUCAUUUUCUCAAGGUCACAGGGAGCCAUAAAUGUAAUCAAGAUCAGAAAAGUUAUCUGACUAAUAAAGUCAUACUUAGUUCUAUUGAAAAAAUUAAAACUAAUAACUCUUGAUAAUGUAGAUGUUCACUCUUGGUAUUAAAAAUGUUGUCACACUGUUAAUACCAUGAGUUCAUAGUUGCAGUCCUUUACUCUGGCUAUCACAUCUCAUAAAACAGAGGAUAGGCGAAGUAGCAGCAGUUGCUAGUAAGACAGCUGUAGCAUCUCUCUGAAAGAUAAUCAACCUUGUUUAAAAUUGAUGUUUCAGGUUAAUUGUGUCACCACGUUAGGGAUUUUGUGUCAUUUCGGGUAAGUUUUCCGUUAACUUUUAACAAGCAGUAGUGUAUUUCAAAAUAAAAGCAUAGUUUGAUCAUGCAGGAAAAAAGAAAUCAGUGCUUGACUUUAAAAUAAAAACAUGAAAAUUGGUGUUUUGAGGGGUCAACGUCUCCCCCAGAGAAGCUUCAAUCAGACAUUUGAGCUUCAUUACAAAUGAACCAUGUUUUCUAAAGCUCAACACCAACUUUAAAAGCUUCAUAUUUCCUUCAAAAGAGCAGAUUGUUAUUUGAAGUUGAAGUGUUUUGCGUGAGUGGUGUUCAGGUCAGGGUCAGGAACAAACUCUAGAGAUCACUCGUUUUGAGGUACUUGAAACUACAUUAAAGUUUUCAGAUAAAGCUUUUGAAGCUUGUGAGGUUAUAUGAUGUGUACAAUGCUCAAUUAGUCUCUCAGUGAAUCAGAGUCUGUUCGCUUUAAUCUCUCUAUUUAAACAAAGAUCAAUCCAAUCAGAGCGACUACAGUGGAAACAGACUGCAGUCAAAGCAGAGACUCAAGGUUACAGUCGGGCUUCAGAGCUCAACAUUGUGAAUAUUUGUGGCGCUCACUUCAGGGGAAUGGGAUAUGUUUUUUAACUCAUUCAAAUCGGGUCGGUGAAAACCUUUGGAUAAAGCGGAGCUCAAAAGGUCUCAUCAAGGACAUGUUGAUCAAUAGCUUUCCAGCCACACACUCAGAAACACAAAGACCCCCGAGCUCGGCAGGGUCCGCGAAGGUUCAAACACGGCCUGGAUGUCAACAAGCAGAUGAACAAUAGUGUUUACCGAAUGGCUUUGUUGUUCGACACACAGACUUAUUAAAAUGGCAUCUCAUUAGAGCCCUGAGUGGCCAUUUUCCAGGAGAUUAAUUGCAUUUUGAAAGCGUUUUCUCUUCAUUAUUAUUCCACAUCGCAUAUGGAUCCGCUGUGGCCGCAGCAGCUGUACGUAUUCAUAUAACAGGAAGCUUAGAAACGGUUGGGGAACGAGCCAAAGGCGGAGCUGCGUUGGGGUGCAGACUGAUGUUGAAUUUCAAACAGCAGCUUUUCUGCUCUGGAUGUAAAAACAGGCUCAGUGUGCUCCCUCCAAAAUAAAUGAAAUGUCCAAGUGUAUAUAUCUCUCUCUGUCCAUUCACAGGCAGGUAUGAUGUCUGUCUUUUCUGUCUGUACCUGCAAAAUGUGAGCAUGCCUGUUAUGAAAGAGGUUCAGGGCUCUUCCUCGACCUUGGACACAGCAGCUCUGGAAAGUUUCUCACUAAAUCCAUUUAGUGGCUUUUUACUGUCAUAAAUAAAUAAAUAACAACAAAGAAAAAAGCUUACUUUUCCAAAAAAGUUUUAGUGCACCUUGAGAUUCGAUAAAGUGCAGCCCUUCUUAGAAAUUUCAACACUUCAAAUCUCUAAACUUUAAAACUUAUAUUAUAUUGUCUAGCUUGAGUUUUGUUUUAAAACUACAGCAGUGAAUUUAAAGCUCCUGUGAGGAGUUUCUGAGUUUUUGACAUUCCUGCAGCGGACUGAAAUUUAUAUUGAUGCCUUUUUAUGAUUUGUUUGCUUUUUUGUAUUUUAAAAGUUGAUUUGUCACCAUAUUUGGUUAAAAAAAAACAAAGGUCAAGAUCUAUAAGUUUUAACAGCUCUAGUUAAGUCUGUAAACUGUAUGCAGACAAAGCAAUCAAACCCUCUGUUCUGCACAACUGUAAGCUUUGUUCAGACUUUGAGUGAUCCAUGGAUCUUUGGAAUAUUUAUCAGCAGCAUGAGAAAGAUGCCUUGCUGAUCGCCAUUAAAAGCUCCUGCAGAGUCAAACAAAAUGAGCAGCAGGUAUAAAUAUAUAUUGCACUAUGUUAGUCCUCUGUUAUUACAAGGUCAGAGAGAAGCGUCACUCCCUUGCAGGUGCAUGGAUGUGCAUAGUAAAAGUCCCGAAGUGGAAAUACAAAGAGGUUUGAUUUGAGUAAAUGAAUGAUUCUCGACCUGCAGGGCACUCAGCCGAAGCUCUGACACAAAGACACAGUUUCUUUUAUAAAAUGAGCAGAUGGAAGUAAUACUCGAUGUGUUGCACCCCUCACAGCAUGAGUAGAAAAACGAGCCAUUCCGAGCCUUAAACUGUUUCAUUGCUGUAAAGAUAAGCGUUUCAAUAGGAGCUGUAAUGAGGAGGUCUUGGGUCUUGCAGCCAGCCUCAAGUGGCCAAAGGAGGAACUGCAGUUUUUGGCACUUCUUUGUUGGCUUUAUAUUCCAGUCUUUAAGGUUGUAACUUAGCAUGUGCAAUAUUAUCAAUGCUGCCUGUCUUGAGUUUAGUGUGUUGGAAUAUCUUUAUUUCCAUCUCACUGUAAGAAAAAGAUCUAAAAGUAACAAAUACAAAAUAAAACGGAUCAAUUCACCAGAUACUAGUGUUUGCACCUUUAACUUACUUUCACUAUCAGCGCUCUAUCUCGUCUUUUUAAUCCCUCCUGCUCCAUAAGGUGUGAUCUCAGUAAUCAGCCUCCUAUUUUCAUUUCACCAUAAUUAUCUCUCUGAACAGAAGUUGUUUUCUUCUGAUGAAUUAUCUCAUUAUCUUGAGAAAACAAGCGUUUUUAUUUCCUGAUAACAAAUCACUUAACAUGUGGAGAUAUUAGGUUUGAAGAAUUACAGUCACGUCUGUCUGACUCCAGCGCUUUAUAACUAAACUCAGAACAGGUCCCAUAAAUGACUGCAGCAUUAUUCAGAGGAACCUUUGAGGUAAACUGUGUUUUUGUUUCAAGAGUCAGAUCUGUAAUCAAUUAUCACGGCUGCCUUCAAAGUGCAGAUGCACACUUUUCAUGAUUAAAGCGGUCUUUAGCCCUGAGCUGAAGAUAAUUCUCAGUUUUUGAAGCAUGGCGCUGCUGAUCAGCAGGCCUGCGCUACAUGUAAAUUGCAUCUGGAGUGUAUUUACCUUUCAGGUCAAAGUCGAACAUGAAAGGCUUUGCAGUCCCAGCGGUGGCAGCUGUAAUGAGGAUGGGCUCUCCUCAGCAGUCAGUGCUUUGACCCACAUUAGCUCUCUGCCCGAGGCCCGCUGAGGCAGGAUGGAGAUGAAGAAUAAUAGCUGGAUAUAGUGUCUAAGACGCGCAUUGUAUAUUAAAUUAUAUUCACAGAGUUCCACAAGACUCUGUGAACUUCAUAAACUAGAGGGGAUUUUAAAAAAAGCCAUUAAAAGCCCUUGGCACAGAUUCCCCAGCACGUCUCAGUGCUCUGAAAGCAAACGGCAAGGAUCCUGCUGCAGAGGCAUUAUCAUUCUUAUUGUUCAGGCUGCAGUGGACCUUCAGUUUAAAAGACCUCUGAAGAGCAUGAGUCAAACAGCUUUUUUUGUGCAAUGUCACCAAGAGAAUUAUUCUAUUUUUAGGCUGUUUUACACGGGAUGGAUUCAGAUAAAAACAGAUGAAACAUUUGUUUAAAUCCAAAAUCAAAUUCAAAGCUUAGAUGAAUAAUUUAAAGCGCCUACAGUAUAUCCUGUUUCUUCUAUGUGCCAUCUUCAGUUGAGUGGAUUCUCUGUUUUUAACCUUGAGACCUUUUUCUGUAGGUAAAUGGAAUAAGAUAUUGUCCCUCAAAGUAUAACUUAGAGCUAAAUUCCUUUAAGCGGUCUGUUAUAGAGAAAUAUCAGACCCCUGGAUGCUAUAAUUUGGGUUGCCAACACCUUUAGUACCAAAUAAGAGACCACAGACCUCUAUCGAAGUAUAAUUCUAUAUAAGUUUAAAACAUGGUGUAUGAAACCAUCACCAAAAGUUUCAUAUUCUGUCAUUUUGUUAAAGAUUAAAUUAUUAUAGUUGAGAAGUAUUAAAUUGGAGAACUUUUACUCUGCUCUUAACUCUGGACCUUGUAAUCUCUGACAGCUCCCCGACUCCACUUUGAGAACCGCUCUAAUAAACCUUAAAAUCACUGAUAAGAUAAAUCACAGGUCAGAGCCUUAAAAUAACAGUAGCAGGAAAAAAAACGGGCUCAACAUCCGAAAGAGAGGCAUGACUCACCAAGUUCACAUUUCCAUGGAUAUUUCUUCCGAGUCCUGCAGCUUCGGGCUUAUUAAGUGACAAAAAAAGCCUCAUUGUUGUUCGCAGCCUUCGCCAGCAUGUCCUUCUUGUCCAGCUCUUUAGCAGCAUGCUGUUUUGGGUGAUGUGCAUUUAACUGUUAGUUCCGUGCGCUCUGGUGAAUAUUCAUGCAACUUGAGUGCAGCAAAUUUAAAUGAAAACCACAAAAUUAUCAAAUAAAUGGGGCUCACAUGGUAGUAAGAUUUAAAGUGUUAUUUUCUUAGAGUAACUUUUAAACAUCGUAGUAAAAUGAUAAAAACACAUUAAUUUGACACUUAAUAAGAAAAAUACUAAACCAGAAGGGUGCUGUUUUAUAUAAUACCCACUUAAGGGCACUUAAAAAGCACUUUUUAUGCUUUAACUAGAGGGAAUUAUCUUGAUGUUGUGCCUACUGCAAGGGCAUCUAGAGUGCACUAUUUUACAUUAUAUCCACUAAAGAGCAUACAGAAGGACCUGUUAUGUUUUUGGUAUUAGAGUGGCAUCCAAAUCUCACUAUUUUUACAUCUUAUCCACCAGAAGAGUUUCUUGAAGGCAUCAUUUGUUCAGUAUAUCCACCAAAAGUUUGUCCUAUAGGCACUUUUUAAUAUUGUAUCUAGUGGAAGGGCAUCCAGGGCACCAUUUAUACACAGGAUCCACCUCAAAGGGCGUCAAAAGGGCUUUUUUAAAAUAUGUAUCCACUGAAAGGGUGUCCAGAAGGGACUUUUUUUACAUGACAUCAAGAGAGCACUGUUUUAAUGUCAAAUGGACUGGGAGGGCAUCCAGAGAGCACUAUGUUUACACACAUGUACCAGAAGACUGUACAGAAAGUAGGAUAUUUAUGUCAUUUCAACUGGAAAGGCAUCCAGGGGGAACUUUAUUUUUACAUGUGAUAAAUAGGAGGGACAUCUAGAGCACUGGUUUUUCAUUAUGUCUGCUGGAGGAGCGCCCAGAGGGCACUUUUUUACACUAUAUGUCCUGGAGGGGCAUCCAAAGGGCACUUUUUUACACUAUAUGUCCUGGAGAGGCAUCCAGAAGGCACUUUUUUACACAGUAUAUACUGCAAGGGCAUUCAGAGGGUACCUUUUUCGACUAUUUGUUCUGGAAGGGCUUUCAGAGGGCAGUUUUGUUCUGAUGUUCUAACCUGAAGGGCACCCUAGUAUUGGUGGGGCAUCCAGAGGGCACUUUUUAAUGUUAUAUGUACUGGAGACGCAACCAGAGAGAACUUUAUCAUGUUUAUUAUUUUAAGGAGCAGCCAUCCUAGAAAUUUAUCUUGAACUUUUCACACUUUUGGCACUAGAGAGAUCACUUUGUACACUUUAUUUUAGGCAUUGGAGCCUGGUUAUUAAUGCAGUGGGUACACCUGAUGAAAAUGAGGAGCAGUGAUUGGAUGACAGGUGUCACUGGAAGGAUGGGAUUUGUCCAUGAUUGUCCAUAUUGUCUGUGUGGGGUCUAAGAAGAACUUUAUUUAUGGUUAUUACAAUGCAGUUGGUGGCUCUAGCUGGAAUCGACCAAUCAGAUUCAAGUAUUUACAGAGCUGCACUGCGGCUUUGGGUCAGUGUUCAUUUAUUACUGCUAACAUUCAGACUGUACUUUUCUGAACUUAUCAAACAUGCAUCAUUCUGCCGCAGUAAAUAUCAUACAUAAUACAUUACACACAAAAACAACAUGAAUCAUUUUCUUGUUGCAGCUCUGAGUGUUGUUUGAACACAAAUUUCACACCUUGUAAUGAAAUUUUCAUCUUCUUUUCCUGCGUGUCAGUAAUUUGCUUCCUUUGCUUAACACCUCUCAGUUUGUUUUGGUGCAUCCUCAUCUUUAUUGGCAUUUAAAGCCCCGCUCUUAUCCUCAGAUUACCCAAAAUGCCCUCCUUAAACCGGGUUUGUACAGGACUUAGAGGUGCUUUGAGCAGGAAUAUGAGGCUAAAUGUGUUUUCAGAUGGAUUACUGCUCAGAGCUCUCAGCAGGUGUAGGAUGUGAAAACAGUCACCACACAGCCAACCUGAAGUAAACAUGUUAACCACAUUUAAUCAUGCGUGUUCAUGCGGCCGGUGAUGUGCGCCAGCUGUCAUGUAGAUACAUCACUCUGGAGUCUCGCAGCGCUGUGUCUCUGCUCCAACAUGUACCCCAUCCAUCUUGUUUAUUGCUUAAUUUAUUCAGGGGAUUUUUUUUUUUUGCUGAGGAAGCAAGCUAUGUUUCAGCAUUUCACACACAGUCCCCUUAGGGAGCCUCCCAGUUCAACCAGCACUGUUUCCUUACUGGUGGAGAUGCUGCAGCUGAGACCAAUGUGAAGACCUGUCUCACUGAAAAGCACCUUGAAUUUGGUCUCGACAUUCACUCAGAAACCACCUCCAUUACUGAACUUUUUCAAACUUUCAGACUUAAUUUUAAUUCCAGGAUCUAUUUUUGAUACAAACAGCUGGAAAAGAGAGCUGUAAAUUUGUGCAGAAUCUCCCCAGUGAAAGAUUUUCUAGCACAGCUGGGGGCCUCAGCUGCAUCUUGUUGCCCCUGGGUCAUGACGGUUUUCUCUGAUCUGAGGUUUUAUGAUCUAAAAAAAAAAAAAACAUCCAUAUCAGAUGAUUCUGCGAAAGCCGAAAACAUGGCAAAGGUUUCUAAACUGCACUUCAGUGAUUGAGGAAACAUGAAGAUCACUUCACUGAUCAUAAGUAGAGCCACUCAGCUUCAGAAAACAGGUGGAGGAGCUCUCAGAAAGUUUUACCAGAUGAUGAUGAUGAAGACGGUAGUAAAGUCAGAUCAUCUACGUAGAUCCAUCCAUCCAUCCUCUACGGCCUCUCCGGAGUCGGGCAGCAGCCUAAGAAAGGAAGCCCAAACUUCCCUCUCCCCACCCACUUCAUCCAACUCUUCCUGGGGGAACCCAAGGCAUAACCAGGCCAGCUGAGAAACAUAGUGUCUCCAGCGUGUCCUGCGUCUUCCCCGUGGACUCCUGCUGGUGGAACGUGCCGUUAACACCUCACCAGCAAGGCAUCCCGGAGGCAUCCUGGUUAGAUGGUCAAAUCACCUCAACUUAACACACUCCUCUUAACGUGAAGGAGCAGUGGCUCUACACUGAGCUCCUCCUGAAUGACUGAGCUUCUCACCCUAACUCUAGAGGAAAGCCCAGCCAACCUGAGGAGGAGGAAACUCAUUUUGUCUGCUUGUACCCGCGAUGUUGUUCUUAUGGUCACUCCCGACAGCAGUGACCUUCGGUAAGGGUAGGAACGUGGAUCGACUGGUAUAAGGAGAGCUUUGCCUUUCGAUUAAGCUGCCUCUUUGGUGGUGGAGCUGUGUCACUCAAAUGCCUUGGAUUCUUUGGUGCUAGAUUUCUGGAGCCAUGGGCCUCCGACAACCAUCCUCAACAAGGAUGAAUAGAUUAAUAGAUAAAUAUAUGUACAACUAAGUAAAAAGACCCGUGUAAAAUGUAGUAAAUAUAUUAAAAAAAGAGUUUAGGAAUGUAAAACCAGGUGAUAAGCAAAGAGAACAGUGGAAGUCAAACGUAGUAGGUAAAAAAAGUCUUUUAGCUGCAGUUUAAACAGACUGAUUUAGUGUUUGUAAUCAAUUAGGCGCUGAAGUGGCCUCAAAUUUAAGAAAACUAAGAGCAGAGCUUCAGUGUUUUCUGACAGUUUAGCCUCUGAACAUAAUUUACCCUCAAGCUGUUGUUGAAGCUGUUUAUCGUAGAUCAUAGAAAUAUCACCAGACAGAGAAAAAGCUUUUUGUGAAUACCAGAUUUGGCUUGAUUUCACUUUUCAUCCAGAGAAGUAAGAACUGUUUUAAUGCUGCUUUUGUGGGAAGUUAAAAUUCAUGAAACUAAAAGAGUGGUGGACAAGGCAGGUCUCCUCUCGUCGUCCUCUUCUGGGGAGUCUUUUGUCAAAUGUGCUCUAAUAAAGAGAAGUGCUCCUGCAGGUCAUAUAACAGUUUUAAGUGCUGGGACUCAUUGGUAUUCUUCUCUACCUGUUAUUAUUUCUCUGGCUCUAAUCUAAAAUGACUUGAAGUCGUAGAAAUGGGCUCUCCGGCGCACAUACUCACACAAACAGAGAGACUGAUAAUUUGCUGAGGAAAAACAACAACUUGGAAGAGAAGCAUUGCAAACAAAAGCAAACAGACCCAACAAAUGGUGCUUAUUUAUUCAUAGACGUACCUUCAUUUCCAUAUAAAUAUACGUGACCUAUGGGAGGCUUGUUUGUUGUUUACAUGCAGCCGGAGAGAGCAAACAAAAAUCUAAUUUCUUAGCCCUAUUCUCCGGCAGAGACGGCAUGUGGCCAUUAUUUCGUCUUGUUAGAUAUUCUUUCAUCGCCUCAAUAUCUGAUUUCUCAGGCUGCCUUCUCCAGAAAAUGGGGUUUUUGUGUGUUCCUGUGUGUGUGUGCACGGAGGUGUGUUUCUUUGUGAGGACUUUCAUAAUAUUGACUCACAGCUGUCAUUGAGUUUCCACUUACUCUGGUUUCCUCGUCUCUCAGGUGCCUCUGUGAAGAAACACAAAAUGGCUCACUUCUCUGGCAGAUGGCAGAUGGUUUUCCUGCACUAAAAUGGAACUCAAGCGAUGAAUAACACAGUGAAUAAUAAGUUGUUUAUUGAGUUAUUGGGCCCGGCGGCAGGCGUGCAGGCCUGUGCAGAAAUUGUCCUUGUCACCGGGGAGCUUUGCAGCUCCUCGCGUUGAAGGCGGCGUUCUUGCGUUAUGCAACAUCAGAAUUAGGGAGAGUGUCAUGGGACUAGUCGUUUUUUAAGAUGAGGUGCCAAAUAGGACAGAAAGUGAGAAGAUUUAUUCUUUUUGGCUGGAAAAGCAUCAACAUUUAAGUAAAUAGCUUGUGAACGAGGCUGUUUCUUAUCAAUAGCUGCUGGAGGUGUUUACUGGGUUUUAAAUCAUGGUCCAAAACUAACAGACGACUGAAGUUUCCUCCAUGAGUACAGAGAUUAACGACCAAAAUCAUCUGUUAUUAGCUCAGUUUAACUUAAUCCAAGGAUAAAUCUGAUACCCUGAGUCCCUCAUCAGGACUCUAUUAAAGAUGAAUUUCAUCCAGGUUCAUGAUUUAGACCUCAGGGCAUCAACUAAUGACUCCAGCAAUUAAAGCUGCAGGAAUCACUGUUUUUAUAUUAAAGCUUCAAUGAGGAGAUCUUUGACAUUUAUGAAACACAGUGAAUCUCAUAUUUAUGCUUUUCCAUGAUAUCCCAGAGCACACCACACCAUCACUAACAAGAUUGAUUAAAUUUUUAAGGGCUGAAAAUCGUGUGAGGAGGAAGGUGUCAGCUGAGCGGCUGAAGAGUGGCUCCGUUUUUCAAUUUUCACUUACAAUGUUCACAAUAAAUGAUGCAUUUGAUCGUCAAAUGAAGAUGAGAUGUUUUGUCAAAAGUAACUGCUUAAGCAUGUCGAGGAUAUUACUAUUAUUGCAGAAUUUAAUAGUUUGCAAAUCUUUUAACCAUAUUUUUAACAGAAAAUGCUGAAAAGACAACACAUCAGAUGCUGAAACUGUAAAAUAUAUGCUUAUUUAAAAUUUGAUGGCACUUUUCUGAUAUUGGGUUGCCCUCCUCUCUUUAGAGUUAAGAAUGUGAUGUCCAUGGUUUCUAGAAAAAUGUCAAACCCUGGUUUAUCAGACCCGACAGAUUUCCUGAAAUGCUCCUGGAUCAUGUUUGGCUAUGGUUUCCUCUUUGUGUGGAACUGUUUCAAUCUAAACUGUGAUCACAUCUAGUGGUUUCUGGCUGUGAUCUUGAGCCCAUGUGGUGAUUUCCGCUACAGAGCCAUGUGAUGCUAACAGUUUAACCUAAAAACACCAUGUCUACUGCCUCCGGUGGCCAGAAAUAUUACGACAUUAAUGUUUAAUUCCUGUUUUUUUGUUUACAAAUUAAUACAGUGAUGUUUUAGGCUGUGAAACUUCAGAAAAAUAGUGGAAAAGUUCCACUUUAAUUCCAGCUGUUGUAUCAUUUUUCCAUCUCAAUCAUCAAAUGUCAAAUUCUGUCAUUAAUAAACCGAAAAAGUCUCUUUGAAGAGCCACAAUACAGAAAAAAAUACCUCUUUUGUUCAAAACCUGAUUUUUUUUUUUUACUUUUUCAGGAUAAACCAGAUGCUUCAGAGACAUGAAACUCACAUGACAUCUUUUUGUUUCGUUAUGAUCUGAUUUUUGUUUUGAGAAGAGAGAAAUGCUGAAUCAGGAGAAGAGAGCAGAACGCUGGGUUCAGUUUUAGCACCAAUAUCCAUGAGGAUUCAGUCUUUAAAUACCUGAGGAUGCGAACACACUCUCUCUCUCUCCUCCUUUCUCACUUUUGAUCAGCAAACUUUUCAUCUUUGCUUCUCUGCAGUGAGGGACGUGAUGGUGAAGCUCAUGUGGAAGUCUGUGGACAAGAUGAGGUGUUUCAGGAAACGCUCCAUGCUGCCCUUCCUCGGCUUCCUCAUCACCUUUCUGCUCUUCUUCAACCUCUACAUGGAUGAUGGAUAUGUGCUGGUGAGACUUCCUGUUUAUUUACAGGCUGUUUAUAAUGAUUCUCUUUGAUUUCCAGUUUAUUCAUGUCGAUCUUCUGUGGGUUUAGGAGGCAGAGAAGAGACAGCUGGGAGAGACGCUGAUGCAUCCUGCAAACUCCGACAGAUACGUCCACACAUUCAGAGAUCUGUCCAACUUCUCCGGGACCAUAAAUGUGACGUAUCGCUACCUCGCAGGGAUUCCUUUACCUCGCAAAAGUAUGUCGUACUGCCCUGAUACUGCAGUUGUUGAACACAUUAACAUGAGAAGUGUUUUGUAUUCUGACUUUGUGAUGUUUCUGUUCACAGAGUAUCUGACCAUUGGAUUGUCAUCUGUGAAGAGGAAAAAGGGAAACUACCUCCUAGAGACGAUCAAGUCUAUCUUUGAUCAGUCCAGCUAUGAGGAGCUCAAAGAGAUCGUCGUUGUGGUCCACCUGGCAGACUUUGACCUGGUCUGGUGUGAGAACCUAGUCCAGGAAAUCACCAGGAAGUUUGCUCAUCACAUCAUAGCUGGUCGCCUCCUGGUGAUUCACACUCCAGAGGAGUACUACCCCUCUCUGGAUGGUCUGAAAAGGAACUACAAUGACCCGGAGGACCGGGUCCGUUUCCGCUCUAAGCAGAACGUGGACUACGCUUUCCUCCUGAACUUCUGCACAAACUUGUCCCACUUCUACAUGAUGUUAGAGGACGAUGUGCGCUGCUCCAGGAACUUCCUGACGGCGCUGAAGAAGGUGAUCACCUCCAGAGAGGGUUCCUACUGGGUCAUGCUGGAGUUCUCCAAACUGGGCUACAUCGGGAAGCUGUACCACUCCAGGGACCUGCCUCGUCUGGCCCACUUCCUCCUCAUGUUCUACCAGGAAAUGCCCUGCGACUGGCUCCUCAUUCACUUCAGGGGUCUGCUGGCCCAGAAAGACGUGAUCCGCUUCAAACCCUCCCUGUUCCAGCACAUGGGUUACUACUCCUCUUAUAAAGGAGCCGAGAACAAACUGAAGGACGACGACUUCGAGGAAGACUCCAUAGACAUCCCUGACAACCCUCCCGCCAGCCUCUACACCAACAUCAACGUCUUUGAAAACUACGACGCCACAAAGGCGUACAGCAGCAUCAUGGACGAGUACUUCUGGGGGAAGCCUCCGUGCACGGGAGACUUCUUUGUCAUCAUCUUUAAUCAUUCGACUAAAAUCAGCCGGAUUAAGAUUGUGACAGGCACCGAGGACAGACAGACCGAUAUUCUCCACCACGGCGCCCUGGAAGUGGGACAGAAGUCUGUGGAGACCAAACAGGGACGGCAGUGCACAUCUUACAUCACGUUAGGAGAGUUUAAAGGCGGAAGUAUCGAGGUCAACAGCGUGGACCACAAGAUCGGCUUUGACAUUGAGUGUGUGCGAAUAGUCAUCACAGCCAGUCAGAAAGAGUGGCUCAUUAUCAGAACUAUCAGCUUAUGGACCACACAGCCUGUCAGUCAGUUUGUAAAGUAGACAGAGGAGGUAUUUAAACCACCUGCUCUACGGACAGUUUUCAUUUAGGAUGCUAUAAGUUCAUUUUGAACUACUACUGGGAAAUAUGUCUUUAUGGGAUUCAAAGCAAUCCAUAUUUUCUUGGGUUGUUUGAAGAUUUAGAUUGAAAUCUGAUGUAUGAAAAUGACCAAAAUGUAAAAAUAUGAAGUCUUUAUACCUAAACUGAAAAUCUGUAUGGUAUAAAAUAUAAAAUUCUUCAUACUUGGCUGCUCUCUUGGUUUGUUCUCUGGCUGUAUACAGGUGGGACAGUUGACUCUGUAUUCUUCUGAUAGGUUCCUUCAACAUUAAACUUAAUCUAUUUCUCAUUUUUUACUCAGUUCACAGCCAUGCUUCACUUUUGCUCUCUGUCUGUGGAGGAUUUCCGUUACACAGCUCUUUUACAAGAUCCACAAUCUGACUUUAUGUUUAGCUUUAAAUCUUUGUGUCCUUUGCUGCCAUCUUGUGGUACAAUGGCAUCAUGACACCCUUACAAAGCUGUAAAAUCUCCAAAAGUUUCCAAUUUUCCUGGCUCAUGUUCCACAAAACCAAAUAUAAAAUGUUAGAAAUAGUCUGAAAAAACAUGGAACAACAUUAUUUAUAUACCUGAUUAUAUUCACUUUAUCAUAUUGGCUCUUAGUCAGCUUUGCCGCCUCACUGAGAAACUACCUGUAGAAAUGAGACCCUCGCUAUGCUAUUGUUUUCACCAAACAGGGGUUUUUCAGCCUUUUACUUUGUGACCAGGAAUUAAUACAACCUCACCUUAAAAAUACUAUCCCUUUAAGUCCUUGUGCUAGUCGACCUCAAAGUAUACUGCUUUAUUUUACCCUUGAACGAUGGAGAACAGUCACUUAGUUGAAACUUCUCACAGCAGGUUACUCUGACUGAGCUGGGGUCUCUUUUGCUUUUUUCAUCAUAAAAAGGUUGAAUUAAUAAAGUGCAAAUUAAAUAUAAAGAGCAUAAAUCAGGUCGGGAUUGCAUCUUCCUUCCUCUCAGGUCUGAGACAGUUUCAGGUGUCUCUUCCCUGUUUGACUCUCCUUCAGGUUCUGUGUGUGCCAGUAUUAAACAGAUGGUCUGGCUGCAGAAAGAACCAAACCCAAAAUGAGUUUUCAGUGAAAAAUAGACUUUCUGAAGUUAGUUUGGAUGAAUAUCUUCCUCGUUUUCUCUGAUAUUUUCACAUCAACUUUCUGGCUGUUUUCACAAUACUCUUUCUGUCCUCUUUUAUUCUUGACGUCUCUCUCUUCUAUAUCUCAUUUUCUUUGCUUCUUAUUUCUGCUCUCAGGAGGCUCGUUCUGCUCUCCUGCCUUCAGUUCAAUCCAAUUUUACCUCAUUCUGUUUCUCAGACCAUUAUUUCUCUUCCUUCUCUUCUUUUCUUUAAAACGUCUGCUGCCUCCCAAACCCCCCUGCAGCGGUUAUUCGUCUCAGUCAAUCACCCAUAAUCUCACACCUGCAGGAAAAGGAAAGCAAACUUCAUGUUUUGGAAUAAAGCAAAACCACAACACCUGAAUACUUUUUUAUACACAUAUAUUUGUGUUCUUAUGAUGUGUUUGAGUCUUUUGUUCUGCGACGACAAAGCAGUUUAACUGUAGAGACUGAGUCAUAGUAACAGUGAGAUAAAUCUAAUAAAACUGUGUUUAUUCUGCCUUAAAUCUAUGAACUGGAUUAUAGACCCUCUGAAUAUGUGUUUUCUCAGUAAUAAAGCAGACUGCAGUUACUUUCAGGUCUGAAUGAGAUGAAAAUUGCCUAAGUUUUCAAGUUUCCAUAUAUUGCAGUGAUAUUCAUAACAAAAUUAGAAGGCAGCUUUACAGGGCAUGUCCACUUCAGCAUGUGAUAAAUACGGAUGGAUUCAUUUCACAAAAAUGUUUUAAAAUCUAUUGCAGUUCAGUACGCAGAUUAAAAAGACACCAAUGGAAGAAAAAAUCAUUCGUCAAGCCUAAAAAUACAAAAGUAAAUGAUUGUUUUGAGAAAAAAAGCAUCUGUGGGGUAUCGAUUUUAACGCCCCCCUGUGGACAAAGUGAUGAAAUGAUACCGUUUUCUCAGCAAAUUCUGUGAGUAGUAUUUUCUUUUUAUUCAACAUUUUACUCUGCUUUGUUUCACAGUCUGACACAAAAGUAAGUAAGUAAAAAUCUUUCUUGCAAAAAUGAACAAAAAUGUGCAAAACGCCAUUUAGCUGUGUGCAGUGAAUAACUUACGAUUAGUGGCGCUUCCUCCUGGCAGUCACAGACGUGAAAAAUUAGGGUACAGAAUUGGUCAGUUCUGUUGUUGAUGGUCUUGUUUGCUAUCAUGGAUUAUGUAGAUGCAUUUCCAUCCCUUUCUAAUCUGUUUUCUAACCAGCUAAGAACUUUUCACAGGAGCUUUAAGUAAACCAUCAACAAUAAGAAACAUAAAAAAGGUCAUUAUCGCAGUUUAAUCCAGUAUUAGCAGCUAAGCUGUUUUACAAGUACAAAGCUGCAAGUUAAUAGUCGUAAUGUUAUGAGAUUAAAGGCAUAGUGUUACAAAACAUAGUAAAGUCAUAAUAUUCUGAGUAUAAAGUCUUCAUGUUCUGAGAAUAAAGUGGUGAUACAGUUCUAGUCAGCUGUCUGAACCAAAAUGUGGACCGUGGACUCAUUAAAUCGUCACUGAUGCUUCGUCACCUCAGCACCA